AUGGCAAUGCUUAAAUUCAAUAGACUUAGCCUAUUCCCAACAUAUGAUGGGUACUGCCCCUAUGAUAAUGGUGGCACAAGGCCCACAUGUUGGCACGCAACACAUUCUAGUGCACCUGACUCAUACGUCCAAUCGCAUAAAGCAACUAGAACUCGGGGUCUUCAGACAGGGCGUCACCUCACAUGCGGACAGGUGAUCCACCGAGGGUGAGAAAAGUGUUUAGGGAUCUGUCCCGGAGUAGGCCACGGCCUAGAAGAAGGGUGGUCAACAGCUGAACUGAGUCUUUGGCGCGCAAGCGUCAGGACGCAUCAGGGCAUCGCCCAGGAGAUGCGGUGCACGGUCUGAGGUGGAGUUAUUGCCAGGAGAGCCUCUUCAUGAAUGCUGAGACGACUAGAGAGUUUGGCCCAGAAGUCGGCAAACAAGCGAUCCAGUUUCUCUGAGAGAGAAGGUUGAGAGUCUCUUGGAGUUACACGUGGCAUCCACCAUGAUAUCCAUAAUAGGUCCACUGGUACAGGUAGGUUGGUGUAGGUACUUAGCCACCGUAGCACAGGUAGAAGUUGCUGGGAUCUCUCUCACAGGCGGAGGAAGGGAAAGUGUGAUGGGGAGACCUCCAGGUAAAUGUGCUGCAACCGGCUGAGGGAUUUGAGAGUACCCUGUUUGAGAGUAGGCCUCUUGUAGGCCCCAGGUCUAUCCCAGAUGAAAGCCACCAAUCUUGGUCAAUAUCACGAUGGGUUCAGCCGCACUGGUUGCCUCCUGUUUCCAAGAUACAUCUGCAGCUGAUAGUCAGGACUAAUAUCAGUAACUACGGUUAUUUAAGAGCGGUUCAGCAUGGAGCUCGCAAGAUGUGCGACCGGUCAAUGAGGCUGCUAGCCUCUACAGAUUCCCUUUCUGCAAUGGCUCAAGUGAAUUAAAUCGUGUUUCAGACCACACAGAAUGUAAACUAUUAAGUCUUUGUCCAUUCAUAAAUAUUUGUCUCUUACACUUGGGGACUACCAAACUUGUGGGCACAUUUCAAUACUCUAAUCACAAAUCACCACUGAAAAGUGUCAUCCUGCAGUUUACAGGUUCCAUAUACAGCAGGAGGGAGAUCACAACUUAUCAAAAUCUCAACAUCUGUACACCCAUUAACACCCAUCUGUACACCCAUUGAUAAUUUGGGGCUUGUACCUUCAUACAAAGCUUUGUGAUUUAGAUUUGUUUGUUUAUUGGACUGUGGAUGCGGUAAUGAGGGACACUGGAUUUUGGCAGGCAAUGUAGCAUGGUCUCCUGGUUCUUGGAGCCACCUAUAUAUUGCAUUUACAAUUUUGGUGCUUCCACAGGAAGAAGCACCUCUUGGGCCUAGCCUCUAAUGAUAUUAAAGAUGACUCAAGUUGGAGAAUGCUGAAAACUACUUGGCUAUGGUGACAAGAUGUUGGCAACAGGGGCAGGGAUGGACACCCUUAAAGGGUUACUCCAGGAACCAUGACCACUUCAUUGAUUUAAAGUGGUCAUGGUGGCUGGAGUCCUCAUGUACAGCAUUUAGCUUUGUUAUUACCAAAAAUUUCACAAGUAAUUUACACCAUAAGUCCAGUCAUGAAAACUGAGACCCCAUGGGAUGAUAAUUGACCAUGGCACCUCAGUUGAAACUCAGUUGGAAUUAUAUUUCUUAAGGUUAAUUCUUAGUGAAUUACCUCAUAGAUCCACAUAGAUUGUUCUUGUGCCAACAUUUGUAUUUAAUUUUAUAUACGUAAAUAUACUUAUGCACUGAGAGAAGUUUAAAUAACUGCAAUCACAUGUGUUAGGCCCCUUUUCAGUCCAAAGAGGAAAUGUCUACUUUACUGGAAGUGCUCAAGUGAGUACACACUCAAAAGAGAAGUAUCUUCUUCAUUGAAUGAGCUCAGUAUUUACUUACUUCAUGGGAUAGUGUCUCUUCUUUUUUUAAAUGCCUUUUUCUUUAUUAAAUAUAAUUCAGCCAUACCAGUUACCUGUAAAAUCAGUAUACGCUUACAUUGUUUAUAUUGUAUUUCCUAAAUCUUUAAAAAGAGAUCUUAUCUACCCGACUUUAAUAUUAAAUAAUAAAAAGUAUGGGUCCUUAUUUUCCUGAGUACAUAUCUAAGAUUGACAAAAUGUAUCUUUUUUAAAAUGUCAACAUUGCUAUAGUGUUAUUGAAAAAAUGAUUAACAAUGGUGCCACUAGUGCCAGAUUAGAGUUCGAGGGGAGGUAGGGGUACCGGGAGAGGUUUGGUUACGGUUGGAAUUAAGUUUAGGGCUUUUUUUAGUAUUAUGGUAUAUAGGGGGCUUAGAUAGGUACUGUUCAGCUUGAUCUAUGAUUAGGGAAUACCUGCCUUCCCUAAAUUUUGAGAACUGUAUCUCUUAUGAAUCUCAGUCAGGUGAACGUUAAACCCCCUAAACAGAUCUACAAAUCCCCCUAACCCUAAGGGCUCACCAACCUUAACUACCCUAGAACCUAGUGCACAGGGUAGUGCCAUCUGUAAAACAAAUAAAGCAUACAUAGUGCUCUCGAUAAAAUAACAGAAAUUCAAAAUGUAUGUGGAAUGCACUCACAAAGAUGGAGCCACAUCAGGCUCUAUGUAAACAGCCCUUGGGUGUCUUUCCAGGCUCUUGAUAUGCUUCAGUUAAGAACACAAUAUCCACAAGGAUGGCAAUAUUAAUACAAAUUAAUUGAGACAAAAUAUAAUUAAAAAUAUGAAAUAUAAGGGACAGAAAAUAUAUUUCAGGUAUCAUGUGAAGUAAAAUACACCGCAAGUGUGGCCAAUAAAGGCAGUGCAUAUACAGAUAAAUACAAAUAAAUACCGCCAACAAAAGUCCCAGAUUAUGUCCAGUAUAAAGCAAACGCGUUUCAGCCGUAGAUGGGGCCUUCAUCAGUGCUAUCCAACAGGUCCAUAUUCAGGGUUUAAAUGCUUAAACUGUUCCGGCUGUAGCUUGAGUUCAUUUCCGAGGGGUAUUUAAACCCUGAAAAUGGACCAGUUGUCACCUGAUGAAUUAUGAAAAAUGUAAUCUGAUGAAUGAAUGUUGCCGACCCGUGGUAGGGACCUAUAGUGUUAGGAAUACAGGUUUGUACAGCUAAAGUUUUCCUUUAAAGUACCAGGUACAGGGGCGUACCUGUGUUGUCUUAAUGGCCAUCACUAUUUUGCUUCCAUCAAGUUCAGCCUUCCUCACAUAUGUUUUUUGCUGUUGAUCCAAAACAAGGCAGAAAAAACCCCCCAGUUUGAAGCAUUUCCCAUUUUGCAACAAACAAGGAAAACAAUUCCUUCUUGACCCCAGAAUGGCAGUCAGAUUAAUCCUUCGAUCAAGAAGCCAUUACCCUACAGUGAAAAAUUAGAUCCUUGAAUAUUCUGCUUUUGCAAGUAUGCAUCUAGUUGCUGUUUGAACAUCUGUACGGAGUCUGAUAAAACCACUUCUUCAGGCAAUUAAUUCCAAAUCCUUAUGGUUCUUACAGUAAAAAAAACCCCUUUCCUUUGCCUUAGAUUAAAUCUUUCUUCCAGUCUAAAUGCAUGACCUCGUGUCCUAUGUAAAGUCUGGUUUGUGAAUAGAUUUCCACACAAUGAUUUUAAGUUUCAUUUAGCUGUGAAGCUAUCAGGAGAAUUAAUUUUUUGGCAAUCAGAAAUUAAACAUGUGGUGGACCGCCAGGCACCCCGACUGGGUGCCUCCACCAAUCGAUGCUUCCUAGCAACACCGAGUACCCCUAAGCACUUCAUAACAACCAUAAACCCCACAGCCAGCAUUACAGCUUGGUUGGGGUGUCGCUGUCCUCCACCCACCCUGGACUCAAGACCAGUAUUCAGUUUCCAGUGGGUAGACCUCUCCAAGUCCAGAGAAUAAAGCAUGAUGCUCUUACAAGAGCAAGUGUUGUAAUCCAAAGGAGUGUAGUGGUUAUAGCAAUCCUCAGAGUGAAUAUAGCUAUCCCCUCCACACAUGAGACAAGGCUCUAUGUUGAUGGUGAAGAGGAACUGGUUUAAUGGGAGCCACAUGCAACCUUAUUUGCAACUCCCCAUGCAAGUGGUUUCCGGAUACAUAUUCCAGGAGCAUUCCCCCUUGGACCUGAGAGGAGACUACAGUAAAACAUACACAUAAUUACAUUGGCUCUCAAGUCCAGGACGCUCCCACACAAAACAGGGUAAUCCCUCCCCUGUGUCUAAGAGAUAAUUGAGUCAGGAACUUUACUAAACUCAAUUAUCUCCAGGCACAGAAAACAUACAUUUUAACAACAUCCUGAAAGUGCCCCUAAAACAUAGAAACCCCACGAAAGUCACAUCCACUGUAAGCCCUGAUCUGGGGGACCAACAUAUCCAAAAAUCACCCAGAUCGGUUCAGGGGUUUGGGAUUUCCAUGGAAGUCAUAAUUUUGACUGACCGUGCACAUAGUCCUAUGCCCAAAACAGUUCCAGGGAGUAAGAGCUAAUGGUCGGUCUCUCUUUUGCCUCGUUUCCACUGAGCGGAUCGGUUCGGUACGGUACGCUAUUUUGAGUGUUUCCAUUAUGAAAGUGGCCCAUACAACCGAACCGCACCAUUCUGCGUCCUCCUUCAGAUGUAGGGCCAUAGGAAAUGGUACAGUACGGUUAGGGCGGAGCUACUAGCAUCACACUAUACUAUCCAUUGAUUGGCGGACACGAAAACGUCAAUGCUCACGACAAAUUACACGCUAGGCAUUUUUUCUAAACCCCGCAUGGCCCCUGAAGGUCUGACUUGCAGUGGAAACGCUCACCUGAAUAGGCUGGACCAUUCUAAACCUUCCAAACUGUACCGACCCGAACCAAUCCGCUCAGUGGAAACGAGGCAUUCCUGUAGUACAAAGGUACAUAAAUCACAUGGACGGAGCCUUUUAAAGUGCAUUGGGCAAGGUAUUUUGCAGGGCCCAUAAUCCUGAGGCAGGAGGCUUGCAAGCAGGCUCCUGUAGGAGCCUGUGGUGAGGUUCUGUUCGCCACAAAACACAUUUCUCUUUAGAACCACAAUGAUGGCAUUUAUUGCUCAAAAAAUGUAUUUCUUUUUAUCUACCCACACCACUUUCAUUGUAUGGAAAAAUAGACGUAAUAACGCCACAGUGAUUUAUGUUUCCACUUUAGAAAGAUGAACAAGCUGCCUCAGUGUUUGAUACAAAACAACCACCCAGCCAUGAUGUUAGCUAGUGCUAUCAAUGAAACUCACCUGUAAGGUAUCACAGGACUGUCCUGCCUACCCCAGUGUCACCCAAUGUCCAUUUUAUUGAAGGAUGGCUAAAAAAUAUCUAUGCCACAUAUCUGAAUUAUAAUCAAUGAUAACCUGUACAGUGUGUUGUUUGUUUUGAUUAAUGUCUGCCAUUAAAGGAAAAAUCUGUUUACCAUAUUUCACAGGGCAAAUGGGGCACUUGCCUUGGCACACAUGCCUAACCCUCUGGGUACAUAGCCUUCCUCUCCUGGCAACCAAUCGUGACAGGGUGAGUAAUAGCUAAUAGUGUAUUAUUCUACCCAGAUUGCAAGUUCCCUAGAGCAGGCUGUGAGAUUUAAAAGCGAUUACGUGCUAACUUGAGGAAUUAAACACAGACUGCUAUCUGUUACAGAUUUCCACAAUCCACACAAAAAUCAAAUCUCCCAUGGGUCCUUAUUUAGGAAAGCUGGCCCCUAUUUCAGGGCCAAAUCCCUCUGUCACUCUCUUUUAUAAUAACCCUCAUUUCUUGGAAUUUGGAGUGUGUGGCAGAGACUCACAGCAAUAAAACUCACACAGGUUUAUUCAGAAUUAUCGGGAAUUCAGAGAAUUUAAAAUUCUAGGCCAAAUUGGAAAUGUUCUGCAAGUCAGCUAUGUUUUCAAUUUGGUAACUAUAUAUAACUAGACUUAAAAUCAGGCCACACUAUGUGUGUUUAUUAAAAUGGAAACAAUAAAUAUUAAGAACUGAGCUUAACAGCAAACUACUUAUCUGAAAACACAGCCCAGGAACUGAUAGUCAGAGCUGGUUCUAUAUAGUGUCGCUGUAGACAGGAGCACGUCCUCUAGGGGCACCUGCUUUUAGAAUUCAUAAUGUGCCUUUUUGGAGCUUAAUUUGGGUGGUUGGCGUAGAUACAUACCAGGAGCCUUGGCCAGUGCUUGAUAACAGAGCUGCAAAACAGUUAGAGGAUGUAAAAUGAAAAUAAAAAAUAAUUAAAUAGGAGGGCACUCUAGUUGAAGUAAUUGUAAUCAACAAACACAGUAAUGUGAUAUACAGCAAAUCGGUGCUCAUUUAGUAACUCUAUCCCACUAGAGUCAAAACAUCAACAAAUACUAAAUCACAAAGAUGCACACCAAAAAUAAAAAUUAAACAACUUUAUUAUAUAUUCAGUACAUAUUAUAAACUCACAAGACAGAAAACAAACAGUAUUCAAGAAUAAUAAUAUCAAAUACACUCACCCAACACUGGGUGGUAAAUCAUUUAACAGAAUAAUACAUAUCAGACCAAAAAAUAGUCUGUACAAAAAAAAACAUAAAGCAUAAAAGAAAACAGAAAAUAAACAUUAAUGAAAAGACAAAAUAGAAAAAGAAAAUCUGCACACUUAUAACAGCAUAAAAGUAAAUGAUACUUACCAAAUCAACUGAAUCUAUGCAAAAAUAUAAAUAUAGAAAACUAAGAGAAGAGAGAGAUACCACAGGUCCAAGAGGAAAAAAAGAUAAAGCCCCAACGUUUUGGCGUGAAGCCUUUGUCAAGGCAGCAUGAUGACAAAGUGUAACAAUGUGCCCUAUAUAAGUGAGCAUAAGUACUCAAUAAAAUACAUCUGAAGAAAAUGGGUGGUCUGGUCACCUAUUAGGGAUGACUCUCCAAGCCAUGAUCCAGAGAUCAUGGUUGUCAGGGAAACCAUAAACAAAUAAAAUAAUAAAAAGGGUCCCAAAUAAUUAAAACAUUCACCAGAACCUAAUAUAAUAGAAUAUGGCACGUAACAGAAACAUAACAGAUCUGAUUUAACUUCCUAAUCAUUAACUUAGUUUUAAGUUCUCUUAAACACUAAUCACCUACUCGUCUCCUGCAUCUUUUCCGCCAUUUCCAAGUCGGUAUCUUCUUCAGAAUUACCUUAUCCAAUAAAGACAGCUGUGACAUCAGCUGCACCUACUACCACUGGCUCAAGUAGCUCAUCCACUUUCAAUGUUACCAUUACCGACUCCAUCACUUACACCAAUACCACCACUAACAUUACCUGUACCUCCAGCAUCAACAAAAAAUGAAGCUGAAAUUACUCUGACAAAUGCCUUUCAUUGUAGUGGUUUUGCCAAGAGGAGGAAGCCUAGUUACAUUAUCUGGAGUCCCUCGAGAAGGUUUGGGCUAGUUGUCAGUGGCUUCUCUACAAAUCAGCUGUUAUAUAAAGUUGGAAAUUCACUCUUAAUUGCUGACUCUACACUAAGGACACUGUGAGCUGUAACGGCGCUCGGCAUAUUCCCAGCCCUUGGUGGGGUUGGCUGGCAUUAUGGGCAGUCAGUGUUGGAUGCAUUCUAGCCUGUCUGCCAUGCCCCUAUUUUGGGCUGGCAUCCCCCUUUCCUAUUGGAUCCAGCACUUUUGGGGGCAAACCAAUGAUCCAUGUUUCUUUACUCUGCCCCUUUAGUCCCACCCAACCCUGUCCCAAAUUCAUACCUGCCUAUGUUGGCAAGUAGGCUACCAUGACUGACAUGUUCUAAAUUCCAACUUCAGUUACAUAAGUUGCUAUCAGCGAUAAAAGUCAAAUAAAUUUUGCAGAAGAACCAUGCCUCUCACCAAAUGUUCAGUCACACCUUCUAAACUUAAAAUGUCUCUCUGUCACUAUUUGAAAUGAGAAUAUGUAAGUUAUGCAAGGUACAGAUAUUCCAUGAUAUGCUUCUAUUUAUCUGCUGGGCCACUAUUCUUGUCAGAUAAACAAAAUACAUUGUCUUAAGUAUUGUUGAUGUUUGCUGUGUUUGUGUGUUUCUGUGGUUUAUUUGUCUGUAAAAAUAAAGCAAUAUAUUUUUUAAUGUCAUACAUAUUUAGCAGGUUGUCCAUUCUCUAAACUGAUUGUAUAUAGUGUGCGGUCUCCCAUUACAGUAUAUUGGCAAUAUCCCAAAUGGUGACAGGGGGCAUGUUUACCCAUGAGGUUGCACUCAGAUGUUCCUCUAAGGUAGUAACUCAGUUAGAGGGAAUAUCUGUUUCUGAAAUCAUUGGGUUAAACCAAUCGCUAGCACAAAUAUGUGAAGUCAUUUGAAGAAUCAAUGCAUUUCUUAGCCAUAGGCUGAGAUCAUUUUGAAAGAUCCACUCUCCGUGACAACCCAAUGAAAUGCCAUAUAGAGAGCAGAAGUACAUUUAUUACAGCGUAUAUACAGAGAGAGCGAGUUGUGAAAUAUCAUAUGCCUGCAACUGUGAAAAACAGAAAAUACCAAGUAUUGCACAAACUUGCAACCGAUAAAUGGAACACACUCUCUCUAACCAAACCAACCAUGCAAAAACUGCAAAUUGUUUUCUGUUUGCACAUUUUCUAUAAAUUUAUAGAAGAUGGUGUUGUCUGAGUGUCCGUUAUAUGGAAAUUACUGCUCAAUGGGCUCUAUGUUCAUAAAUGUAACCACAUUAAUCAUAUUUAUGGUACCCUUUUUAGCUUGUGUAACAGAAAAUUUCCCACUUGCUUUACAGAGAAAUUCUCCCUUAAUUCUUCACAAAAGGCCCAUACAAAUCUAGCAGCUUUUUUGUGAACCUUCUCAUUACCAAAAGUGUGAAACUCCUCAUAGACAGGGCCUUGUCGCCAUUUAAAGCCUGCGUAGAGUACCACAUUUCUAACUAGCUUUUCCUUUACAUUUUUUAAGGUUUGCGGGCGACAGGGGUAAAUUUAUCAAUGCUCAUAUAGCGCUGUGGCGGCAGAAUAAUAUAUGGUAAUUAAAAAAACAAUGCAAAAGGAAAAUAACCUCAAAGUUAAUUAUUUGGUACAAUAUCGUGAUGGGAUUUUUACAAUAUUAUUAUUAAUUACAGGGCAUCAAUGUGAUCUGUGGCACCGUACAAGGUGAUUAACAAGUCACCCAGGCUACUUCAAAAAUCUGUUGUAAUGUAGUCCUCUUGCCGCCUGGCAAUCUAGGGUCGCAACACGGCACCUGCAUUAUGGGGUCACUGUGGCCCCAAGGCUAUAAAAGCAUGUGAUCCUUUGCCUAGAGCCUCAUGAUAACAGCUGUAUUUGCAGGUGUGAAUAGAGGAGUACCAUUGGACUGCUAGCUUAAAUAAAAUAAAAAAACACAUGUGAAAAACUACACUACCCAGGAAUCCUGCAGCAAAGCAGAGGAAAUGUCGUCUGUCAGCUGCUUAAUAUCCAGGACCUGCAGCUUUAGAGAGAAUUAUAAAUCCAGGGGUGGGGGCUAGCUUAUAGGAGAUGCAGCACACACACACACAGGGCACUGAGCUAUCACACACACACAGGCUGGGGCUCCCAGGAGAGGGGGCAGGCAGGCUAGCUGCAGGUCACCAGGAAGGACAGUUAGCAAAGUUUGCCUCCCACACAGCACACUGCAGCAGAGCAAAGUCACAGACACUGCUGACCUGCAUGCAGAGCCAAGUGCAGUGCAUGCAGUACACAGGCUCCCCCAGCACCCCACGCUGAGCACUGAGGACUGUGUGAUGGGUGUGCAGAGCAUUAUAUUGCAGAGGACCCUUCCCUAAAAGAGGGUGACUCAAAGGAGAGAUGGGUAAGAGAGAUAGAGAGAGAGAUCAGGUUUGCAGCCUGGAGUGUUUCUUGCAAAGUUUCCUGUGGCAGCAGAUCUGGGACUAAGAGAGGGUGGGGUGUGCUUUAUUUAAGGCUGUGUAUGUGAGAAGAGGUGGGGGGAGGAAAGGGAGAGGGGUGUUGGUGGUUAUAUGAAGAGGGAACAAGAAGUGACACUGUCAAAAUAAGAUGCACUGACAAGGGCACAAGUGAGGGAGAUGUGUCCAGGACAGGAGUUCAAGAAAGACAGGAGACAUUUAUUACCCUGCAUGGGGCUCUCCUGACCCCAGUGUCAACUCCCCUCUCUCUUUCCCCCCUAUUUGCACAUGUGUUUGAUACUUUGUAUAUUUGAGUCCAGCACUGUCACAGAGGCUGCAGCUUUGAUGAGCCUGCUCAGUGCUCCAGCAGAUGUGAGGCUCCAGGACCCAAUCAGGUAACCUUGCCCAAAAAUCUUCUCUCACCCAGGAACCCAAGACUCUGGGACAGGCUGGUCACCAAUUUUAGGAUUUUCAACCACCCCCAAGGGAAGUAACUGUCUGCUGCAGAUCCUACAUGUCAUCAGACACACAGGUACUUACAAAAUCCUCUAUAUUUUAUUUAUGCAUGCUAUUUAUUUCACAUUGUAUUCCAUUCAAUACCUAUAAAGGAAAUCACACUUUAUGUUCCCAAAUCAUUUUUCCUACAACCAUCAAGUAUCUAUGUUGUUAUUAUUUCCUAUCCUGUCUGCAAUGAAGUGUGUUUUUCAAAUGGUUCUUUCCAAUGUAAUAUGUUAGUAAAUAUAAUGUGCUAAUCAGACCCUUUUAUUGCAGUGCUGAGAUGCCCCAUGUAAUUAAAUUCUAUAUACUGUAUAUUAUUUUAUCAUUUAUUUUCCCCCCUGUCAGUUUUGUAGCCAGAUGCAGCAAUGAAUGGACUGCUGCAUUAUGCUACAGCAUUUUCUGUCGAAAAACAAUAACAGUCACUUUUAAUACUGCUACCGAACAGGAUAUCAAUACGUUUCUAAUAAACCAGUAGGGAUUUAACAGUUACUAUAAGGACGCAGUAUAAUUAUACGCUAGAAAUAAAUAUACAGCGAUAAAUUGCCAUGGUAACAAAAUAAUCUAGUUUAAAUAAAUAGGCAUAAAAAUGAAAAAGUGAUAGAAAAUGCAAAUAUUUUGCUCCAGAGCCCCAUUGAUAGCAUAAAAAAGUAAAUAUGCCGUAUUAGAUCAGUGCAUCAACAGCCAGUGAACUGCAAAGCUGUGAUGGAGAGAGAGAUAGCGUUUUCAGAAUGCAUUGAUAAAUAGUUUUCUCUUUUUUUUUUUUUGCUCUCUUCCUUGUCUCUCUGUUAACCAGUAUUUUCUAAAGAAUGCACCGUCAAAUUAAUUACUGUAAAAAAAUAUUUAACAAAAUUACUAGAAAGGGGUUUAUCUACUAAACCAGGAAUUGUGGGAAAUUGUCAAUAGAAUUUGACAUUUUAGACCAGAAUUGUAGAACGAGAAAUAAAAACAAAACACUCUAAAUGAUCUGUUUUUCCAACUUUGCUCAAAAAUAUAAACUUUCUAUGCAAUUACACCCAUGUUCAUAGUUUAGUGAAAACACCUCAAUGGGGGCUAUGUAUUAGAAAAAGGAUGAUUUUUCUUGACACAAUCAAUUUUGGUCUAUGGGCUAAUAUGAUAUAAUGUUUGUAUAUUAGUGCAGCUGGCCACACAGCAGGUACCUAUUCUGACAGUAAUUAUAUUAUACAUAAGUGCAGAUACUAAAUAUAUCAUGGUGCUACUUUUUUGAUAGAAAUUAUUUCAUACAAAACUUACUGCAUAAUCAAUCAAAUAAUAUGGGUACUGCAAGCACUAUUAUGGCUUCCUUAUUAUAUUGGUUAUGGUAUAAGGAGGCUAAAGGUGUAGGCCCUCCAGAACCUGUCAGACCAUCUUUAAGCAGUUUGACAAAAAUUGAGGGUCCUUCUAUCUCUCAAAGCCUACUUCAGCAGCUGCUGAUAAGAUAAUUAGGAAGCUAGUCUUGUUCAAUUCUACACUUUGUCCCAAUGGUACUCUGCUGAAGUGGUUAAAGGCAAUUCAGUAUAGUAGAAACCGGUUAACCCAAAUAUUUUGGCAAAAGAAUAAAGAAGUUGCACUUCCUCAUUAGCAUGUUGAUUGCAGAAGGGGUGGGCUUUAGACAUAGAUGGAUCUCCGAUUUUUAUCAAACAACUUGAAAAUGGUUUGACAAAAACAAAAACCAGACGGUUUGUAUCUGUAGGCUACUUGUGCUGUAUAUCUACAUUAAACUGAAUUUAUUUUGUUGCGUUGGAUGUCUCUUUAAGAAGAGGACAUUUUGUUUUCGUAGCAGGGCUCUUUUUUUCCAAAGCAGUUAUAAAGCUUUAUGUGAAUUCUGAAAAUAUUGAUAUCAAUUAUUUUCGUUUCCCGUUUCUAAGUACAAAAAAUAGUUUACAUCUAAUAUGACAUAACCACCUAUGCUAACAAGAUGGCUACCCUCACUGACUAUAAAGUGAAUUUGCCAAACUUAGGCCAAGAAAGCUCUUCAAAAAGUUUUCCAUUGCAGGUAUAUUCCUAAAUUUGUUAUUUUGGGGCAACUUUUUUUUUUUAUAUAUAUAUAUAUAUAUAUGUAUAUGUUGUUUUUUAAAAAAUUUACUAUAUUCUAUGUUUAACAAAAAAAAAAAUUCAUAAUUUGAACCAGUUGCAGCCUAGUGGAAUAAAAUCUUAUUGCGACAUUUUAACAAGCGAAGAGAAAAGAAAAUUAGGAAAGUGCACUAAUAUUUAAAACUGUUGCAUUUGCAUAUUUUUCCGCCAUACAAAACUUAUUUAUCUCAAAAAGUUGUGAUUUUGCACCCUGGUUUUGUUAAUGAAUUUGUAAUACUGUGAGGGCAUAAUUGGUGCAGUAACGCAAGAGAUAGUUACGAUUAUGUACACAGUCCAUUAGCUCCAUAGCUCAUUAACAAGAAAUAAAAUCACAUAGCUCAUUAACAAGAAAAAAAAAAUCACCUUGGAAAUUAUAUGCACUUAUAAUUAUCACCUGUUCAUGUGUUUUAUAAAUUAGUAUAAAAGAAAAAAAAAUAUCUUACACAAAGAAGACCAGGCAAACAGUUGCUCAAUGCUUAUUGAGACUGCAACCCUUAUUAAACACACAUAUAUAUAUAUAUAUUUGUGUACGGCACAUUUCGAGGACGUAAGGAACAAUAAUAAAGAAGCAAUAGUAGUAAGAGCAAAGUCAGUUGAGGUGUGCCGAAACUGAUGUGAAGUUAGACCUGUAAAAGAGGGCAAAAAUAUAAGAAGCGAUUCUUACAAGUCAGAUAAAUUUAUUCAGCAGAUAAUUUUUUAGACAUAUCACAGAAAGCCAAUCUUAUUUCGUUCUCAGUAUUGGGGAUGUAUUUGUUGUAUGCGGAUGAUUUCCCCCGACCCAUAUUUUAAUGAUGUGAGUUGGUACGUGAUAACCGGUGGCAGCUGUGGCUGCUCCAAUGCAGAAUAAAUGGCCCGAGAAGGAAUGAGGGUUAUGUCCUAGUCGGAGUGAUAUCGUACGAAUGUAAAGCAUAAAACAUUUAUUGGUUAGGGGUUUCCCUUGAAAAGCUACUUGUGGGGAAUCAGGGAUGGAAGUGAGUUGCGAUUCCAAUAGAUUAUCCAAAACGUGGAUAGGACCUGACUUGGUAGAGGUAGGAUAAUAUUUAAUCUCUACUGGAGGACCUGUAUGGCUCGUUUUGGUAUGAGUAAUAGACAAAUGUGUAUGCCUGUGAAGUAAGGUUUGAUAGUAUUGUAAACUAAUUUAGGAGAAAAGUGGCAAAAGUUGUAAAUGCGACCAUAGUUACAAAUAUAAACAUUUAUCACACAAUAAACACGAACAAACCUUUAAACAAGUGAUACGCUCUUGGAAUAGGCUUUCUUAAAUUAAGGUAUAAACCAGCCUGUGUGAGCGACCACUAUGGAGCAACAGAGUAUUUAACGCAUAAUUAGGACUGUGAAGCUUGGAGGCUCCUUGGGCUGAGAGUUUGCUGAUGGAUGACCUCCGAAAAAAAAAAAAUUCCUGCAAAUUAUAGUGUGGGAGAGCGCCAGCUACGUUAUACUGAAUACCCUGAACGUGAACAUAAGUGAUCGGUUGGUUUAAGUUUGGUUAUUGUGUAGAUAACUGAAUGAAAUGAAACAUAGUUGCAUUGAUAAUUGAAUGGUCUUUGGAGGUUUUGUUUUUGUUUUAUAUGUGGGCGACGUCGUAAACGUAUGAGGAUCCUGUGCGGCUUAUCCUGGUAGGGUGAUAACUUGAAACUAAUGUGACUUAUUUAUUUAUAGUAUGUUACCAGAAGGAAAUACAUGAAAUUUAGGUAGGAAUUUCCGAGGCCUACCUCUUUAAGUACUGUGGUGUAUUUAACCCAUAAGGCAAUCCUUUAACAGGAGGGGAAAACAUACUUAAUUGUCAUCUUAUUUAUAUACAGCCUAGUGUAAUUAGGAACAUGAGAUGCCGGAGACAGAAAUAGAGCAUAAUAUAAACCUAUUAACACACUUAUAUACCAAUAAAACGCUUUAGCUAUGGUUCAACCCCUUAAGGAAGGAGUCAAUAGUGCACGUUCUGAUCAAAACAAAACGUAAACAAAAACUGGAAUUUGCGCUAUAUGUCUGUUCAACCGCAAUUCACCGCUGUCACAUUAAGUGCACCCACACUCAUUAUGUAUCAUUUUGUUCAGGAGAAACAGGGCUUUAAUUUAUCAUUAACUAUUCAUAUAUGAAACAUAAUUUAUUAUGAAUAAAAUUUUAAAAAAAUGUGAGAAAAUAAGAUUUAUUUUUAAAUUUGUAUUUCCGUCUGACAUUUUAGCUGUGAAUGUCAUAAUAUUGUUAGGUUUUACUGCAAAAAAAUACACAUAUUUGUAAUCAGCGAUGUCUCAUGAGUACAACAGUACCCCCCAUUAACAGGUUUUAUGGUGUUUUGGAAAGUUACAGGGUCAAAUAACGUUCCAUUUUCAAAUUGAAAUUUGCCAGAUUAGUAAUGUUACCUUUGAGACGGUGUGGUAGCCCAGGAAUGAGAAUUACCCCCAUGAUCAUUUGAAAAAGUAGACAACCCAAGGUAUUGAAAGUGGGGCAAAUUUCAAUGUCAAAAAAAUGAAAUGCAAGCCUUAUAUGUGACUCUCUAACUUUCCAAAACACCAUAAAACCUGUACAUGGGGGGUACUGCUUUCUCGGGAGACUUCACUAAACUCAAAUAUUAGUGUUUUAAAACAGUAAAACAUAUUACAACAAUAAUAUAGUCCAUAAAAGUGACGUUCGUUUGUAAAAAAUGCAAAAAACGUAAAUUUUACUUAAAAUAUCAUCGUUGUAAUACAAUUUACCAGUUUGAAACACUAAUAUUUGAGUUCAGCGAAGUCUCCUGAGUAAAACAGUACCCCCUAUGUACAGGUUUUAUGGUGUCUUGGAGAGUAACAGGGUCAAAUAUAGUGCUUGCGAAUUAAAUUCUCUGCACUUUCUCCCUGUGUUGUCAGGCAUGUCAAUCAAAUUUUAAUUAAUCAAAUCACAAUUAUGUUAAAAGAUUACCAUAUAUACUCGAGUAUAAGCCCACCUGAAUAUAAGCCGAGGCCCCUAAUUUUACCACAAAAAAAUGGGAAAACUUAUUGACUCGAGUAUAAGCCUAGGGUGGGAAAUGCAGCAGCUACUGGUAAAUUUCUAAAUAAAAUUAGAUCCCAAUAAAAUUGCAUUAAUUGAAUAUUUAUUUACAGUGUGUGUAUAGAAUGAAUGCAGAGUGUGUGUGUGUGUGUGUGUUUGUGUGUUUGUGUGUGUAUAUAAUGAAUGCAGUGUGUGUUUGUGUGUUGUGUGUGUAUAUAAUGAAUGCAGAGUGUGUUUCUGUGUAUAUAUAAUGAAUGCAGUGUGUGUGUUUGUGUGUUGUGUGUGUAUGCGUGUUGUGUGUGUAUAUAAUGAAUGCAGUGUGUAUAUAAUGCAGUGUGUGUUUGUGUGAAUGCAGCGUGUGUGUUUGUGCAGUGUGUGUAAACUGGGUGAGGGGAGGGAAUUUUUAUUUUAAUAUUUUAAUAUAUUAUUUUAAUAUUAUUUUAUUAUUCUAUUAUUAUUAUUUUAAUAUUAUAUUAUUUUAAUAAUAUUAUUUUAUUAUUCUAUUAUUAUUAUUUUAAUAUUUGCAUUAUUUUUUGAAAAAUGUUUUUUGUCGCCCCUCCCUGGCCAGGCAACAAGCAGGGAGGGGGGACAAAUUUUUUUUUUUUAAAUUAAUGCAAAUAUUAAAAUAAUAAUAUAAUAAUAAGAUAAUAUUAUUAAAAUAAAAUAAUAUUAAAAUAAUAAUAAUAUAAUAAUAUUAUUAAAAUAAUAAUAAAAUAAUAAUAUUACAAUAAAAUAAUAAUACUGAAUCCCUGGUGGUCCAGUGGCAUUGGCUGUUCAGUGGGGGGACUGGCAGUGAGCUGUUACUUACCUUCCUGCAGCUCCUGUCAGCUCCCUUCUCCUCCAUGCAGCUCCUCUGUCAGCUCCGUUCUGCUUACAGUGUAAGUCUCGCGAGACUUACACUGUGAGCAGAACGGAGCUGACAGGGGAGCUGCACGGAGGAGAAGGGAGCUGACAGGAGCUGCAGGAAGGUAAGUAAUAGCUCGCUGUCAGCCCCCAACAGGACCUCCGGGCUUGUAAUGAGCCCGGCGGUCCUGGUCUGUAUUAUGGCAAUGUAAGUUGCCAUAAUACAGACAUUGACUCGAGUAUAAGCCGAGUGGGGGUUUUUCAGCACAAAAAAUGUGAUGAAAAACUCGGCUUAUACUCGAGUAUAUACGGUACUUAAAUAUACAUGUAGAAUUUUAAUAUACAUGCAUUUAUAGGUAUUUAAAUUCUAUGUGUAUACUAAUGUAAUCUUUUAUGUAAUUAUAUGUGUUUAUCUAUAUAUAUAUAUAUACAUAUAUAUAUAUAUAUAUUUGCGGUUAUUUGUAUUUUAUAUAUAGAUAGAUAUAAAUAGAAUGUCAUUCUAAGUGUAUUUUGUUACCAAUAUAUAUAUAUUAAUAACAAAAUACAGUUAGAAUGAAAUUACAUAUGAAUAUAUAAUUUAUAUUAAAUUUAGUUUCAAUGUUUUAUUUAUUUAUUUUAUUAUUUUAUUUAUUUAUUAUUGUAAUUAUACGUAUAUAUAUAUAUAAUAUAUGUGUAUAUAUCUAUUAUAUAUAAUAUAUAUACAUAUUAUAUAUGUAACGUCAUUCUAAGUGUAUUUUAAUACUAAUAUAUGUACUUAUAUUAAUAUUAAAAUACACUUUGUAUGACGUUACAUAUAUAUAUAUAUAUAUAUAUAUAAAAUAUGUAUAUAUAUUAUAUAUAUAUAUAAAUAUAUUAUAUAUAUAUAUAUAAAUACAUUUCUAUUUUAAUUUUACACAUGUUUAAUAUUUUUUUUUUUACACUUCCCACCAGACUGUCUGACAUUUCAGACAGUAACCCUGCUGGCAGAUCCACAGCCAGCUAUAGGUGGCCAUGUGAUCGCUCUUUGAGAGCGAUCACAUGGCCCCCGGGGGGGUCAUUUGCCGGGGGAGGGCUGUCUGGCAGCCCUCCAGAAGAGGAUCGCGGCGGAAGUAAGUCCACCGGACCUCCAGGGAUAAAAAGCCGUUACGGCGUUCUAUGCCGCCGCAACGGCUUUAAAGCCCUUUUAAUGUGGCACGGCAUAGACAAGAAAUAAAAUAAAAAGGACGUUUUAAUGAAUUUGUUAAACUAAACCAAAUUUAACAUGGAAUGCUGUUUAAAUUUGAAUGUAAAAUGCUUUCAUGAUGCUGUAGUACCGAAAUGAAAUUGUCCUGCUAGGUAUUAGUGAGUUGACAGCGUGGAAAAUAAACGAAAGUGUGCAUGAAACGAAACGAUAGUCUAAACGAACAGAGCAUAUGAAAGUUCAUACUGAAACAAGCGGCAGUUUAUACGAAUGAAGGGACGUUUGUACGAAAGUGUGUUUGACACGAACGGCUGCUAUGUGUAUACUGAUGGGUAAACAUAAGGGUUUAUGCGCACGGAUAAUUUUAGAUGAACGCCGGCUAGCACGAAUUGUAGCGUUAUGUGGAUGAAAGAUUAACAUGAGCGAUUUAGCCGAAUGAAAUAUUUAAAACGAACGUGUGAGUUUGAUGACAAGUAUGGGGUGCAUACGAAAUGAUAGAGUAUAACUUACGGUUAGCCGUUCGUAUGCUGGCUUCCCUUGUUAUACUCACGAACUCAGUAAGCAGAGAAAGUUUUUUGCAAACGGACUCCCGGCGGGCGGGAAAAUGACGUCAGGGUCCAGUGAACCGGAAGUAAACAAAAUCACUUCCGAGAUCGUCGACGACAAUAGGAUAUUUAUGGUUUUAAGUGGGAUCUAUUACAUUGCAGUUAGUGGUUUGUUUUUUUACUUCAUGAAAAUAAAAGUAAUUAGUAGAUUUAUUUUUUUGAUUUUUUUAUGGCUUGGUUUUCCUAAUGUAUACAUUUAGAUUUAAAGGGACACUCUACCUCCUUUAAUGUCUGUGCCGAGGUGGAACCUCGCGCAUUAAGCCUUCCCCAUAGGAGAGCAUCUAUUCAAUGCUUUCCUAUGGGUGAUUUGAAGAUGCUGGGCGUACUCAUGCAAAACGCGAGGACAUCAAGCAUAGAAACAUAGAAUGUGACGGCAGAUGAGAACCAUUCGGCCCAUCUAGUCUGCCUAAUUUUCUAAAUACUUUCAUUAGUCCCUGGCCUUAUCUUAUAGUUAGGAUAGCCUUAUGCCUAUCCCACGCAUGGUUAAACUUAUUCACUUUGUUAACCUCUACCACUACAGCUGGAAGGCUAUUCCAUGCAUCCACUACCCUCUCAGUAAAGUAAUACUUCCGGAUAUUAUUUUUAAACCUUUGCCCCUCUAAUUUAAGACUAUGUCCUCUUGUUGUGGUAGUUUUUCUUCUUUUAAAUAUAAUCUCCUCCUUUACUGUGUUGAUUCCCUUUAUGUAUUUAAAUGUUUCUAUCACAUCCCCCAGUCUCGUCUUUUCUCCAAGCUAUACAUGUUAACAUCCUUUAACCUUUCCUGGUAAGCGGCAUUUCACGGAGUCACUACAGGCGGUCUUAACCCUGCAAUAUAAACGUUGCAGUUUCUCUGGCUGAGUUGUGCGCAUGCCUUUUUAUAAGGAAGUUUUUUUUCUGUAUUGAUGGGGUGAGGCUAUAGAAGCAUGCUUAUGGUGCCACAUUACCAGCACAGGCAUAGAUCAAGUUAUUCCUAUUUUUUUCCCCCCGGAUGUUCUCAGUCUACAACUACUGAGCCCAGCCACUUCGGCCCCAUUUCAUCAUCCCAAAACUUUCACCAUGUACCCCUUUUCUGGGAAUUGUGGGAAGCCAUGCAUGUUAUCAGGGAAUGGGAUAGAUGCAACAAGUCAGACAGACACCAUUGAGGCAGAGAAAGCGAUUUACUGGUAUCUACUAACUAGUCUCUACAUUUACUGGUGAUUUCACCACUGCAAGUUCUAGGGAAAUUUUAUAGUUAGCUGAAAGUGAGCUAGUCAGCUGUAUGACUUGUGGGCGAUAGGGUUACUGUAAGCUAAAAAUAUAAGAAAACACAAAGGUGGCAUGCCUGUUUUUACUUUGGAAAAACUGCAAAAGUGAUCAAAUGAUGGGUUUGCACACUUUUUUACUUGCUAGUCAGGCUUCUGUCAUUUUGAAAAAAAAGUGUGCUGACAAGAUUUCAUGGGAAAAUGACAUUCUUUCACAUAAAGAUUGCGAUCAUCUCACAGAUCAGUCAAUAGAUACAUAGACUUUAUUUUAAACUUCUAUUUGCAAUUGGAAAAAAACAUAUGUACCCUGGUAGUUUUUGCUGGGUUGGAUAUAUGGUAGAUCAGCAAAAACAUUAAUGAGAUAGUUCCUCUGUUGCAGUGUAAGCAUGCAGAAGCCAAACACAGAAAUAUUGGACACAGGUCUUCAGGAAGUAACAGGCCUUUAUUCACAUUACCGAUCGGGUCUCAGAUGAACUCCUGUUCCAAAUUCUGAGAGACCAACACAUGGUGUACAUUCCUUAUAUAGCACUAUAACUCCUCCCAUUAAUAGCUACACCCACAUAUACCUUUAACCAAUCAAUGAGCAGAAUAUAGACUUGUACAUCUAGUCAAACCACAUGGCUCAUCCAAGACAAAGGAAAUAAGUGCAAUUUCAGUUCCUGCAUUCCUGCACAUGCUCAGUACACUGAUGACAGUAUCCUAGCUACAUGUAGCUAACCAACUGACACAACAUACACAUAUGCCACAUGGAGAUUUUGGCCUACUAAAUUUUAACCAUGCUGGAAUCCCAUCACAUUCCCCCCUUUUGAUGCCUCUGAUAUAACAUUAUUCCAGAUGCAUCACCAAUCACAGUUUUACCUACAUCUCUCAAGUAGCCAUUGAACCAGAGUAGACCUUGUAAGCAUCUUAAAAACUCCUUCAACAUUCUUCAUCCUGAAUAUAUUCUCUUCGGGCUAGGGGAUCAUAUCUUCCAGACAGCCAUUACAUGGGCAGCUGUCUUUCUCUCUAUAGUACUCUCUAUAAUACUACGUAGGGACCUUACCACUAGUGGAAUUAGACAGGGCAGGAGGAGGCACAAAAAAAUAUAAUAAAUUCUACUCCUCCUACUAAUGUCUUAAUUCCUCCAAGUUGCUCAUACCAACUUCCAAACCAACUACUUAGGUUAUACCCAUUCCAGACCUGAGUAGGUACAUGCUCAAAUUUAACCAUGUGGCUUGUAAGUUCAGCCACUGCCUGCCCUUCAUCAUCUAUGUGCAGACAACAGUUACUUAGAUUAAACUUUCCGCAUACACCUCCUUCUACUGCUAGUAAGUAAUCAAGGGCUAGCCUAUUCUGGUAUAUGGCUGAUCACAUCUUGGUAUUUUGCCUAGCUAGAAGAUUAAGCACUUGAGCUGUGUCAUUAGUAAUAAUCUCAACUACCGCCUGUAGUCUAAUAAUGCGGUUGAGCAUAUAUAAUCGGAGUUCUAUAUCCAUAAGUGCCAUCUUCUGCCCAAGUAGCAGGUCCAUAAUAAUUAAUAAUACGUUGAGGGGGCCACUCAUCUUCCCAGCUACCUAUAUUCAAGGAUGCUCUCUCCCUUUUAUGAUUUACAUCGUAAACCUUAACUCCCAAGGUCUCUCCUGUUUCGAUUGGCAACAAGAAGAAGGAUGGCUUUGGCAUACCUAAUACACAUGCCCCUUCCCAAUCUUGUGGUAACUCCGAAUAAGUUUUAUUACCACAAAUCCAGUAUAAAUUUGCUGGGGCUUUCCAACUAGAUGUAGCCGAUAAGUCAAACCAUACCUCCCUUAAAUGAGUGUAAUUGGCAAACGGAUUAGUAGGUUCCGAGACAUUUGAAGCUGACCACCAAGUAGUAUUUUUAGUAUUAACAUUAUAGGCUUUUUGUCCCAAGCACGUUAGCUCACCUACAGACGUGUUAUACAUUGUCCCUUUCCUGGCUAUACAAACAUGACCUAUAAUGGAGGUUUUUAACCACCAUUCCAAUUUACUUCUAGUACUUACUUGAUGAUCAGACUGGAAAGGUAUCUGUUGUUCAUAUGUCUCAGAGCCAGGGUACCAUAUUUCCUUUGCCUCCCAUGGCCACUGGUCUCCCAUAUUAGUACCUCCACACACAUAGCAAUUAGUUACAUUAAGACUACCUGCAAUACCCUCAGCCAAAUCAAUAAAUAGGUUGUUAACAUUAUGGGGAAUUUUAUCCUCAGUACUCAUCUCCUCAUAGAAGGAAUGAGAAACCUGAUGAGUUUGAGUUGCCACUGUCUCAGUUUCAAGACCUACAUAUAUUAUUGUUCCUGAAUCUACUCCUGUGCCAUAUAUUUGGAACCCAAACAGACCUCCAAACCUGUCAAUAAAGUACUGCAGAUUGGAAAUGGUCAUGUGAACGGGGUUACACACAUAGUUUUACAGUAUGGUGUGGUAGGCAACCUUUGGAUAAUCAUAUCUUGAUCCACUGUUUUUCCCAGGUUGCCCAACCUACACAUGACAAAUAGGGGCAGAAGUUAGUCUCUAUUUGGGCAAUCAGGAUCACUAGAUCUUAUACUGGGACAUAAGUAUUUAUCAUUAAACCCAUAAGUUCGUUCCCAUUUAAGAUUACCACAUACAUUCCAAAGGCUUCCACUACCCGAAAUCGCCUUACAUGCAUCAAAUAGUAGAAUACCCGUGGAAUGUAUGGUGCUUAUCACAGUCCUAUUUAGUAAUGUCCCCUGGGAGUUACUAUUCCGAAUUACCAACCAAAUUGUACGGGGUUGGAAAUGGGGAUCAAAACAUUUAGACUCUCCUGAUAUUAGCUUGCACACACUAUAAUCAAUAUCCAAAUAUCUACAUUUAGAUACAGAUCCCUUACAUUCAUACUGUGAGUGCCAGAUGAGAGUUUGGGAUAUUUGGUUACCUGUUUCAGUAGUCUUAAUGCAACUAUCACAAUUCGGUAUGUCUGUACUCCUACCUUCCUGAAAAAUCAUAAAAAUACUAAGACACAAUAAAACACAUUAUUCCUGAAAUCCUCAUUUUUCUUCGACCGUGCGAUGGCCUCUCAGCUUCCCGAUUGUGAGGGCUGCAAGGAUGUUGUUCUUCUGAUCCUCACUUUCCUUCACAGAGAUCCCUUCAAGAUACUCUGGCUAUGACACGUAGGCAGGUGGUCAGGCUUUAUUAUGGCCGUCAAAACACCUACUUGAUGAUCUUUGUAGACUUUUAACUAGAAUGUCUCAAUAUCCCCUCGUCACUCCGACUAAGUUGCACGCUUCAACCGGGUCCUGCAAGGAUUCUCAGGAUCUGGAGUAGCUUGCCAAGAGUCUGCUGCUGGUUUAACCUUAGAAUGAUGAAUCCAAGGAGUCACUUCCGCCACCUUUACAGCUGUUGGGGUAGAUAAAAGAACAACAUACAAAGGCUAACAGGAUACACCCCGAGCUUUAACUCAAUAUGUAUUGGUGGGAUAUUACGAGCAAGUCCUGGAGGAUUAUUUUCUUCCCAUACUCCUGGAAUGUCAAGUAAGGAUUCAUCACUCUUAGGGUUAACACUUGUCACUAUGGAAUAGAAGCGUCAUUCUUCUUCCCUUGGCACCGAUAUCACCAUUAUGCCUGGUAAUCCCUUAAACUUCAGAGAUGUUAAUCCAUUAGGUAAAAGGUUAUCUGAGCUUAAAGCUUCGAUAAUAGAUCUCAUCCUAAAAGUUGAAUCGGACACUCUGGCAUAUAUAGGAACUAAUGCUUCACCACAUGGCCUCCCAGAAUACAAGUGCGACUCUUAAGAACCAGUCUAGCUGCACUUCUCCCAGUAGCUCCUAUCACAGUUAUAGUCUUCCCCGAAGGCGGAGCCACCAUCUUAGUCACCACAGAAUGUUCAGCACCUGUGUCGAUCAUGAAAGAACUUCUCUUUCCCCCUAUUGCUACAUCGACCAUAGGCUCGCUCGACCAAGUGGGAUGGAGCCCAGUCGGUAUCAAUAGUCUUCCAUGAUAGUGUCAGCCAGACCCACAAAAUCUCUAUCCUCUCUUUCUCUAGGUCUCUGCGUGGGUGGAUAGUAUCUGUCUCCUUGAACACUUCCUCUACUAUUCCCACCAUUCCCUCUAAAACUUCCUCUUACUCUAUAACUACCACUAUAACCUCCUCGUACCCUUCUCUCUCCUUGUCUAUCACCUUCAUACUGCUCUCUCUGUGGACACUCACUCUUCCAAUGUCCCUCCUUUCUACAAUACGCACAUUAAUUCCUACUUAAAGUCCCUUGCUCAGCCUAUUCUCGUCUCCUCUAUUCACUUCCCUGUCUUUCUACACUUAAGAUAGCUACCGCUAGCAUAUCUUCCUUUUUCCUCAUUUUACGUUCUUGCUCCGUCUCCCUAUUACUAUCACCUUGGGCCUGGCUGACAAAUGCUGAGUUAAUCAUCCUAGAAUUCUCAGGAGCCUCUGGAUUAAAGGGAGUAUACAACCUAUUUGACUCAAGCAGUGUCUAAUAUGGGACUUCGGCAAGGCUGCCCAAUAAUAGGUUCCAGUCUAGGAUUAGUAAGAUAAUUUUAUUAGUCAGCAUUUGGUGGAUGAAAAAAUGUUUUUGUUUAAAGUGUUAAACCAAAAACCUACCAGUAGGUGUCACCAGAGGGUAAUUGUAUCAAAAUAAUCUUUAUGGGUCUAAUAAGAAAACUCAACUUUUAAUAUAUUUAUACAUAAAAUAAAACCUUAUAGCAAUAAAUAUAUUAAAAUAGGGUAAGCAAUCCUACAUCUAUCUGUUAUAAACAAUGUAUUAUCAAUGUAACUCCCGAAGAUGGCCAGUAGGUGGCUUAGAGUGCCUCCCUAAAGUCAAAUGAAACAAAUAGACUUUAAUUAAUUAUGUCCUAUUUUAUUAUUACUUAUUUUAAUCAAUGUCCACCCUGCUAGCUAGGCUUGAUUAAAUCUUUAGUUCUAAGGUAAAUUAAACAUCUCAGUUUGUAGUUUAGUAAAAAGGGGACAUUUUGGACAAAGCUGGGAGGGGCCCAUCCAGUAACUAAAAAAAACCAAUAUACCAUCUGAUACCAUUGAUCAUUGAUUAGGGGGAGGGGUAGUACAGAAAUACAAGAGUUUGAAACACAGGAACAGAUAGGUAUGUGGGUAGGCGGGGACAGUAGAGCAGGGGAGUGCAAAUACUGAUUAUACCAGCCAGAAAUGGGCGUGGCUAAUCUGGCUCUGGAGGAUGUUUGGGGGGUUGGUAAUCAGAUGCCAGGGGGGGAGGGGAUGUCCAAAGCAGUUGUAAUUAAGUCCUUAGUUCUGACCACCAUGUGGCUACAUUGUUUCUCAUAUGACACAGUUUAAUUCACCAAGGCAAUUUUUCAACAAAUCAGUUUCCAACAGUCAAUAUAUAGAAACUGAUCAUAGAAUUCCAGCCUACUAGUUACAGCCACAUGUACACCCUGCACUAAAUUUAAGUGAAGACUGCUACAUGGAGGCCAUGCGGCCACCAGGACAGGCUACUCCCUACUUUUUUUUUUUUUUUAAACAUACAAGACAAAAGACUAACAGCCAAGUGAAUCAGAUUAUUUCAACAGAACGUCUGAUUCAAAAAGCUGUACAAAUAUACACACAGUUUCAACAGUCACACCAAUCUCCUUAUCACCAGCAACACAUUGCGCAGUCACUAGGCCCAAACACACACACAGGAUCCUCACAUGCUCAACAAUAUCACGACGUCGCACACACAAAAUUAAAUCAAAAACCCACCAAAGACUAUACACUUAUCAAUGUAACUAUUAUUCAAACCAUACAACUAUCCACGCUAUUAAUCCAUAUAAACUAACCGAUCACAUAACAUUUCAACAGAUUCAUCUCUACAAUUAUCCGUACUAUAAAUCAACUCUUGACUAACCAACUAUAUCACAUUCUAGUAACCUCAUCUUUACAGUCAGUGGUUAUGGUACAGUUAGUAAGUGGUUAUAAUACAGUUUUAAAGUCACAGAUCAGUUAGUAACAGUUAUGGUAUUAUACAAAUAACAUAAAACAGCAAUUGUUAGUAAUUUUUACACAAUGUCAGUGGUUAUGGUACAUGUCAGUAGUUAUGGUACCGUGCGCUAUUUUACAGUUAUACACACAAUUUACACUCCCACUAGACAGCAGAGCUCUAACUUUCUAGUAGGACAUACAAGUUAACCAAUUCACCAACUACAAUAUAUUUAACAACAUUUACAAUAAUCCCAACUAUUCUAACUGGCCAGCACCUCGAGAGCUUUCGAUCUAUUUAUACACCAGAGAUUCGAUAAGUUCUUCGCUGCCCAGACACCACGUAUAGCGAACUAGAGGGCAGAAUUUACACAGUACCCAGCUAGUCUAUUAAACUAUCAAUAAGCUAGUGGCUGGAUUUACAACAGAGCACACUUAGUUAAGAUAGGGUGAAAUCUAGCAAACUAUAAUAUACAACAGAGUAUGCUAGUCUCCCGGUCCCCCCGACCUAGCGAACAAAAUUUACACCCUAGAUACGCUAGUCAAGACAGGACACCGGUGUCCGACAUGAGCUAUUUACACCAGAACUCAGUCUGACCCAAACCACCUAUAUUAGACGGGCUGACUACAGAGCGUCUAAUUUCCAGAUAAGUGUUGCGCUUUUCACUUCUUCCUUCUAUUGAAGGGGCCAAUAUCAAUAACCGGUUCCAAAUAUAAAACCCCUUGUGGGUCUACCGCUCUAACGGUAUCAAUCUCACCUGUUAAUUUCUGAACCUGGGUUCACUCAUAGACGGAACAAUCCGGGACUCACUGCGCAGAAGCCGAUGAUCUCCUGGACAAAAGGCCAGUGGCGCCGAGACGAAAGGAGGUCCACGCAGUAGAAGUCCAGGAUUGUAGCGUAGAAGGUUUGGUAAAAGUUUACCGUCUCAAAUCUCUGUGCCAGCUUCCGUGCGAUGAGGUUCCCGGCCCAAUUGCACCAGAAAUGUUGCAGUGUAAGCAUGCAGAAGCCAAACACAGAAAUAUUGGACACAGGUCUUCAGGAAGUAACAGGCCUUUAUUCACAUUACCGAUCGGGUCUCAGAUGAACUCCUGUUCCAAAGGAUCUGAGAGACCAACACAUGGUGUACAUUCCUUAUAUAGCACUAUAACUCCUCCCAUUAAUAGCUACACCCACAUAUACCUUUAACCAAUCAAUGAGCAGAAUAUAGACUUGUACAUCUAGUCAAACCACAUGGCUCAUCCAAGACAAAGGAAAUAAGUGCAAUUUCAGUUCCUGCAUUCCUGCACAUGCUCAGUACACUGAUGACAGUAUCCUAGCUACAUGUAGCUAACCAACUGACACAACAUACACAUAUGCCACAUGGAGAUUUUGGCCUACUAAAUUUUAACCAUGCUGGAAUCCCAUCACACCUCAUUAUAUUGCACACCAUGGCAUGUUGUGUGUACCCUGAGCUUAGCAAUUUUGUUUCUGUUCCCUUUAACAGCUUAGCUUAGUUUGAACUACAAUUCUAACCAAUCUCAGGCAACAGAACACUGAGAGGCUAAAUAUAAGUAUUGGGGUUGUUCACUAAACCAGGACUUGUGGAGCGUUCAAAAGGGAUAAGCACAUUUUAGGCUAAAAUAAUUAAGCUGGAAAAAUAGCAAAGUUGUGCAAUUUAUCAAAUUUGACUAGUUUAGCCUAAUUUUAGAUGUUCUUGUCAUCUCACCAGAGUUCCUGCUUUAUUGAAUAACUAAGCACAAAAGAAGUUCAUCUUCAACAUCAGUUAGAAACUACCUGUUGUCUACCACACCUACAUGCAGGUGACUCCAUGUCUUUACUACAAGAGCCAAUUGUCCAUUUAAGACUUUAAGAAGCUGCAGAAGGAGGGUGGUGGGUGGUUAUCAGUAAAGAAAAUACUAAAAUUAUGGUUAAUUUCAGGUACCAAGGAGGCAACGGUGGGAAUCAGCUGAUUGCUGAAGGCCCCGAGAUGCUUGUGAUUCAUUCUCUAUGGAUAUAGCACGGGAGAUCCGGCAUAUUAUCCUCAGCCGCAGGGAGGAAGAGCUGGAGGGCAGAAACAGCUACCAUCUUUCAAUGCGUCGCCUCCCCCAGGACUGCCUGAACCUGAUCGAGAUUGCCCUGGUGCUAAAUGCCAUGGGAUGCAUCCAAAGUCUCAGCUGCAAACCCAAGGUCUUUAGAGAAUCCAUCUCAGUCCUUGAGAUUAAGUCUUCCAUCGAUUCCAGGCCUACCAGCAUUGACGAAUCAUCCAAUGUGGUCCUUCGAUACAGGACACCUCAUUUCCGAGCCACCGCUCAAAUUUUAGUGCCUCCCAUUCCUGGGAAGGAAAUCUGGAGAGUAGGAUGGAUCCAGGGUUGCAAUCACAUGGAGUUUUACAAUUAUUAUGGAGACCUUGGCAAGUGAGUAUGGUUCCAGAGUCAGGGACACUAGAUUGUGUCAUAUGUAGUCUUUGAGCACUUUAGGCCUGCUAGUUUUUGUAUAAUUCUAUUUAAUGGUUUAAUGCGAAAUGAGAAAGCCCAGCAGCCCAUAUCAGCAUGAACUCAUACACCUGAGCAGCAGUGGUUAGUUAGUCAGCCUAUAACAUGCUGGUAUGAAAUGGUCUGACUAAGGAAUUGUGUAAUCUCUUACCUCUGGUGGGGAAAAGGCUUUGGGCAGACACAGUGUUAAACUGAAUGGAAAUGUUUUAACAUUGAAAAAAAAUUAAUUCAGGUUAACACGGUGUCUGACCAAAACCAGUACCAGUUGACUCUAGGUACUAUAACCAAUUCAGUGAGAUGAAAUUGUUUUGGUGCCUGCAGUGACCCUUGAAGUAGUCAAUUGUGUGGAUUGCGGAGCAAUGUGCUGAGUAUUACCUGUACAAAAAAGGUCUAACUAAUACCCUCUGUAACUACAGGCGUUUUGACCUUUCGACCAUUGUGCAUGCUUUCAGAAUGUUCAUGAAUAGUUCUGCCGAGCAGUUUGUAGAAUUUGCAUGUCGUCCGAGGAAAUCAUAUAAUCAUGUCUGAUAUAUAGUUAAGAAAAACACAGAAUAGCAAGCAGGAAGCACUUGUCUCUCUCUUUUUUAUUUUUAUUCUUUUAGUUUAGUUUUUACACAUUUUGUCAAGAACAUUGCAUACAUUUGCAUAGGAAGUGCAACAGGGUCAAUUUGGACAAUAACAUAACGGCGAAUGUGUACUUUUCAUUCGCAUCAGCAUCCACAAAUGUAAACAAAUAUAAGUACAUGACAUCGAACGCAUUUGUUUAGUAAGUGCAGCAGUGUCAUCAGGUAUAAUAACAGAACAUCAGUUGUGUUUGCUUAUCAUUAGGAGCGGUGUGUCGACCAAAGCGAUAUCGUAGCACUGAGUUUAUUUGAUAAACUGAUGCGUCGAGGUCAUCAAAUACAAUAACAUAACAUAACCACGGGGGAUUGUGGUUUGUCUUUCUUUUUAAGGUGCGUGCUGUCCUAAAAAAAUAAAGUGAUAUUUAAAUCACUGUUUAUAAAAAAAAAGUGCAAGUCAUGCAAUCACCAAAGAAAAACUUGUUUAUUAUUUCUGAGGUGUUAAGUGGAGACAACGGAAUUGCAAAAAAUUUUAUUGCUGCUGUUUUGGGCUAUGUUUUACAGUUUCGUUAUUACUGAAUAACUCAUAAUUUGCUAACAGGUAGCACUGAGUCAGAUAUCCUAGCUUUACCCUUUCAUUCUCAGCAAUAUGGAUACAUGCUGACUCUUGCUUUCCAUUUUUCUGCGACCACAAUCUUGCCAUUAAAUUCCCACUUACUGUCCUCUUUCCUCCACUGCUGCUUUGGGUCUUUACAAAAACAUAUUUAUCUGCCAAGACUCCAUUCUGCCUUUGUGCAUCUCUGCAAAGGGACAGCAAGGGGUGACUCCUUUGCCCACCUCUACAAUUCAACAGUAACCUAGUAGGUAUACAUUCUAGAUGCUACAAAGGUGAGCAAGAUAGGGCUCUAAGCACACUAAGUGUACACCGUUGGUUUAUUGCAAGCUACAGGGACAGCUUUAUAGGCUUUGUAUAGCACAGAUGCUUGGUAUAACUGUACGUACUGUAUGAUGGCACAUAUACAGACUUUUUUGUCCCAUUUUGGUGACAAAGAGUUUUGGGUAUUGUAGUUCAUGUUAAGUCUAUUCAUUGCUGUUGAAUCAAUUUAUUGUCUAGAUAUCUUAUGAAUUAUGCUUAGAGCUGUAUGGUACUAUUGAUGUGUCUGUCAGCAAAUAUUCAACGUUUAUCAGUUUUUCAUUAUGUUGGGCAGAUCAUGAAAAACUUUUCCCUAAAACUUAGAAUGAAUAUGCUCACAAAGGACAUUGAUUACAAAGGAAUGCCAGAGUACUUGCCUUGAUUCUCUACCUACAACAUAUUAAAGAGGCAUUCUGAGCACCAUAACAACUCUUACAUUAAGGGGUUAAACUGUUUUCAAACGGUUUAAUCCCAAAGUUGCCUCCAGCACCAAACCUCAGGUCAUUUAGGCGGUGUCCGGCUUUUAAAUCUCAGUUUCAAGUAGAGCGAAGUGCGGCCGGCAGGGGCACCGCUGAUUGGCUUAGAGUGUACCUUUUUCAAGUCAGUGUUAUUAAAUGUCCAGAAAUCGUGGACAAUGAAACGCAUAGCUACCUGAGAAGUCAGAGCAGUGGCGCCAAAUGUAAUCAAUUAAUUGUGUUUUAAUAAAUAAUUAGACUAGGACUGUAAUCAGUAAACUGUAGAUUGAAAGCCACAUAUAACUUUAUCAUGAAUGGAUUUAUUUAGUUAGGGCCCUAGGCAGAUUACUGUUUUUGGGUCCCCUUUCAUUCUUCACAUAGAGAUGGUGAAUGGGCAAAGCAAAUUCAUGGUUCUCAGGUCUCAGUCUAACCCCUGGGCGCUGAUUUGAAAAGGACAGCUAUAGUCACAGUUGAACUAUUUUGGUGUAAAUUUUACAAUUCACAGUGUUAUUCGCUGCCAUUCAGAUUUUUAAAGCAGACCUGUCAUUUUAUGUCAUUAUUUGCAUAGAUCAUAAACCUUUUAUAAAAUAUUCAUGUUAACUGCAUUGCAAUUUUUAUUGAAAUUCCCAUGCAAUCAAAAUGAAUCACAAGAAAAUAGGUACUUUGUCUGGCAAAGCUAACAAAAGGGAGCAACAAAAAUGUUCUUUUUCCCCUCGCAUAUAUCCAUAAUCCUCAAUGUUGUACUCUUGUACAUGUGCGAGAAUACAGCAAUGAUAUGACUUCUGAUGGUUAAAAUGCCAGGGGUUGUAGAAAGAAGAUGACGGCACCCAGGAGACAAAUCUUCAUGCAAGUAUAACUCACCUCUCCUUAUCCUCCUCCCUCCCCUUCCCCAACCCAUUAAUUCACUACAAAUUACAAGGUUUUUCACUACAGUGUGAGUUCAAAGUGUAUUUCAAAUGUAAGACCAAAAAGGCUGAAGUUGAAAAAUUUUCUGUGAGCUAUGCUUCCAAAUCAUCUGCUUUGGCCUUAAAUUUGAAAUUCACUUUGCAUUCACCUCAAAUUUAUAAGAAUUAUAAAAUUUUCUUAUUUUUGACAUAAGUCUGUAACUCUUGUCGAUUCCCCAGAAUUCCCUAUGUGUCAGAACACCCCUACAACAUGCUGUUUACCAACUACCGCCCGAACCAUGCAUUUUUUAUAAGCCCGAUUGAUUAAAAUGGCGUGGGAAAACUCUAUGGACGUUAUAUAUGUGGUCUGUGGUCUAUAUUUUAUUGAUUUUAGGCCACAAGUAUGCGUUACUUAAAAGCUCCUCCGAUUAAAACAGGGAAGUGGUUUCCCAGUUUAUUAUAAUAAAUUAUAUGUAAAAUGCUGAAAUAUUUUUCUGCACAACAGCUUUAGCAGCAAUUGAACGUUUGGGUCUAGCUACCUUAAAACUAGUGCAGAUAUGCUAAUGUACAGUGUAUGAACACAGCCUUCAAAGGUUCAAGGAUCACAGCCAUUCUGAAUAUCUGUUUUAGGGAAAAAAAACAAGUUACUUUUUAGAAUCAUUUAGGAUUACAAUUUUUAAAAAACAAAUUUUUACACCAACUUGUAGCAAAUUUAGUUUGCAAAACGUUGGCAAAAAAAACUGUAGUCACUGUUUGGUUAUUGUUGGGCGCUGCCUUCCAUGCCCCUUCCUCACGUCUCAUAGAAGCCUGUGCCCGCUCAGAGCACAGAGGGAGGGUUUUAAAUAAAUAGAAAAAAAAAGCCUGCAAUGGAGGGAGGCUGGAAAGAGCGCACAAAGGGAGGGGAGAGCUAGCUUCCCCUUGCAGAAACUUUUUUAAUGUCUGUCAGCAGAGUUAAAUAUGCACAGAAUUUACAUUAGGCAGCCCGGAACAGAGUGCUGUAGGCCCCCAGCACACAAUUAACAAUAAUUCUAGACCCCCCCCCCUUAAUUUAAAUUUUCCCCACCCCUUCCAGUCAAGGCCACACUUUGACUGACGCACACACUCACUGAUAGAUGCAUACUCAUUGACAGAUACACACUCUCACUGAUUUGACACACUGAUAGACACACACACACUAUUACUCGGACACACACUGACAGACGCACACUCUCACUGACAGACACACAAACUCACUGACAGACACAUACACACACACACAUAUUCUCUGACCGACACACACACACUCACUCACACUCACUCACAGACACACUUCCACACACAUACAUACAUACAUACAUACACAUACUCAUAGACUCACACUCAUUCACUCACAGACACACACACACACACACACAUUACCACCAACACUCACAAAUUAUGUUUUAUUAUUUUUUAUUUUAAAUCCACCCAACCUCCCUGGGAGAGCUGGAGUAUGGAUUACUUACCUCUCCAGUAGGGCUGCUCAGCGGACAGGCAGAGUAGGCGGCAAGGGAGCUCUGAUUUUACUGCUCAACACCCUCGCGCGCCGCUCAGUGAUGCUGGGAGCCGGAGUGACGUCAUAUUCUGGCUCCCAGCUUCAUUAAGUGGCGCGGAGUGAGCCGAGCAGGAAGAGCUCAGGUGAGUAUGCUCCCUCGCUGCUCGCUACCCGCUGCCAGCUUGGGGGGGGUUUCAAAAGUGGCUAGCUGGACAGCUCUUGAGCCCCCCAGGACACGAGGCAAGCAAGGGAUCUGGCUGGGUGCUUGGGGGCGGCUUUUUUUGCCGCCCCCUGCAAAGUGAUGCCUUGUUUGCCUCGUGUAAGAUACGUCCCUGUCUAUGAGGAGACGCUGAUUGGCUAGGGCUUUGUUUGGCUUGUGCUGGUUCUGGCCCUGAUCUGCCUCCUUGACAGUCUCAGACAAUCCUAUGGGGAAACACUGUGAUCUCACAAUGACCACCACUUCUGAUGUCAGCCAAGCAGGCAGAUGAGAGGCAGAGGCAGCAGCUGCAGACUUGAAUACAUAUAAGAUUUUGCUAUGUUUAGGGAGGCGGGGUAAAGGGGGGGGGGGCUGGAUGGUAGUUUUAACACUAUAUGGUCAGGAAUGCAUGUUUGUUUUCCUGACCCUAUUGUAUUCCUUUAAGUCCUGCUAAAAAACAGAUGAUUGUUAUAUUAUAUCUUGAGAUGCAAAACCAUAGGAUUUGAAGAGGGUGUACGUUCUUUUUCACACAUAUAUAUAUAUAUAUAUAUAUAUAUAUGAAGAGUUGUAAGCUGCACUCACGGUCUCUGUUAAAAAUUCAAUUCUUUAUUAUAUUUCUUUAAAAAUAGAUUGACGUUUCAGUCCUCCAUUUGGCCUUUCCUCAGGAUCAAACAUGCUGAUCCAUUUUUAACAGAGACCGUGAAUGCAGCUUACAACGCUUUCUAUUUGAAUACCCGGCACUUUACAAUAUUUAGCCUGUGUGCAAGGACGAAAAAAAUAAAAUAAAAAUAUAUAUAUAUAUCCAGGAAUCCUUAAACUGAAUAUCUUUAAAUUGCCGGGUGCCAGACCUUUGGGCCUCUUUUAUCCAAGGAAAACAGAAGUUGGAAUGCACUCACGGUCUUUUAAUCAAUUGCAGUCCAACUUCUGUUUUAUUUAAAUAUAUAUAUAUAUAUUUAAUUUUUUUUGGGAAGUGGAAUGUCCCCUUGAUGCCCCCAAAUCCAACUCUGCUUAGCUGUUUUCAAACAAAUUGCACUGCAAAAGUGAGAUACAUUUGAUAAUAGCAUUGACCCAUUCACCUCGUUGAGAUAUGCAAUGGUUUGAUCUCGAAUAAUGCGAACCUCAGACGGAACUUUAUCAACUGAUAGGAAAAGAAUUGAACCCAGUGAAAGUGAAAGAAUAUAAUAAUAUUUAUAAUACUUCAACUCAUUCACCAUAACAAAAGAGAUUUGCCUAAAGGAACACUCUAGGGUCAAGACUACAAAUGUGUAUUCCUGACCCUAUGGUGUUAAAAACACUAUUUAGGUGGCAGACCCACCCAUUUCCCUCUGAAAUAGGGUAAAAACAUAUUUUUAUUCCAUUGCCAAGUGGGUCCGCCGGUGCAGGCCCCACCCUGCUCCGCCUCUCUAGCUGGCAUUUUCAGAAUUGACAAUCUCGGCCAAUACAAUGCUUUUCCAUAGGAAAGCAUUGGGAGGUUAAUGCGCACGCAUGUCAAAAACACCAAUUUGCACCAGUCAGCAUCUCCUCAUAGAGAUGGAUUGAAUCAAUGCAUCUCUAUGGAGAAAGUUCCAUGCAGGGCGUGGAUACGCUGAACGUCAGUGCAGCACGUUGUGCAGCACUAACCCAGGAAGCACUCCUUGUGGCCAUCUGAGUGGUUGCCACUGGAGGUGUGUCCAGGCAGCUAUGUAAACACUGCAUUUUCUCUAUAAAGGCAGUGUUUACUUGAAAAUGCUUGUAGAGACAUACUACACACACCAGAACAACAACUUUAAGCUGUAGUUGUUCUGGUGACUAUGGUGUCCCUUUAACUCUGGUCUUUAAUGGGUUAAUAUGAGGCUUUUGUGCCUUUGAGGACACAGUGCAUUGAGCACAGUUAAAUUAAUGAAAAUGUAAUAUUCUUGUGGUUACCUCCUCCAUGCUGCAGUAGAGAACUCAUUAAAGUCUGUCUGGUUCGUGGCACUAUAGGGUCAGCGUGACAUGUCCCCAGUCCUAGAGUGCUGUGAUCAGCAUGGUCGGAGAUUACUGGGUGACCUCCACGGCUAAAAAGAAUACAAGGUAAAAAUGUUCAGGAUUGUUCUAGUGGUUUCCCUGAAAAUCUCCCUGUUGUAAAUUGUCUAUUACAGUGAAAUCCUCUCUACAUGACUUGUACAGUAAUAACAAUGGGUUUAUGAUGAGAAACAAGUCACAAAAUUGAGGCUAAAAGAGCCAAGCUGUGAAUAUAAGCUGUAACGUUGGAGAAGGUUUAGGAAUCAACUAUGCUAGCUUUGCAAAUAGUUUUUUUAAAGGAACUUUAAAUUCCGCGUCUCUGCCAUUAGUAGUGGUAUGGCACCUGGUCGUCCCCAGGUCAAAAGUCAGACAGAUUUAAAAAUCUAGAUCGGGGUGGGGCGCCAGGGAGCUGAAGUGGUUAUGGUGCUUGCAAUGUUUCAAUAAUUCAUUACAAUGUCUGUUUUAAACUCACGGUUUAAUGCAAACACCCUAUAGUUUUACAAGCACAGUUAAAUGCUAUUAUCCUGCCCAUUUAUGCACCCUGUGUUCUCUAACCUAUGCUGGAUUGCAACUCCUGCUAUGCUGAGCCUGGUACGUGUUGUAGCUGUGGGUAAAAUGCCUAUGGUUAACUGCGAACCUCACCAUAGUAAGAAGAUGUUUUUAUAGGAUUUCUGGGCUCCUGUAACAAUAAAUGCCACUGACAGGAAAUAUAAAUCUAAUUAUACUGACAGGAAAUAUAACAUUUCCUUUUUGAGGUGAGCAUUUCAGACAUAAUAUAGAAUAAGAUGGAGGAUGGGCUUAGUGCGCCUCAUGUUUCUGAAUUUCGGCCCCUAGCUUCAUAAUUAAAAAGAGACACUAUAAGCACCAAAAUUAUUUUAGUUUAAAGGGACUCUCCAGUGCCAGGAAAUCAAACCUGUUUUCCUGGCACUAGAGAAUCCUACAGUGCCCCCUCCUUCCUGCACCCCAUCCCAUGUUGCUAAAGGGGUUAAAAUCCCUUCAGACACUUACCUGAAAACAGCGCCGAUGUCCGCCAGCGUGGGAGACCUAAUGCGCAUGUGCGGCACGCAUUAGACCUUGCCAUAGGAAAGCAUUAUUCACCGGAAUGCUUUCCUAUGGGGAUUUCGGUGACACUGGAGGUCCUCAUGAAUAGUGUGAGGACGUCCAGCGUCGUUUAAGCAACCAAAAAGUCGUUUAAGAACCUGGAAGUCCCUCUAGUGGCUGAUAGACAGCCACUAGAGGAGGACUUAACCAUGCAAGGUAAUUAUUUCAGUUCAGAAAAACUGCAAUAGUUGUACUUGUCGGGUUAAGGGUGAUGGAAGUUGGCACCCAGACCACUCCAAUGGGCAGAAGUGGUCUGGGUGUCUGGAGUGUCCCUUUAAUGUAGUGUUUUUGAUAUAGAGUUCAUGCCUGCAUUCUCACUCUCAAUUCUUGAUCACACAUACCCUGCAGGUGGCCUACACAGUCCCCCUACACAUUUCCUGUAAUGAGAAAUUAGGUUCAAUUUAGUUUCCUAUCUCCUGCUUUGUUAAUAGCCUGCUAGAGUCUGCGGUAAUCUGGGAUUAAAGUUGAGUUAAGAGAGCAGGAGAUAAAACGUCUAAAGAAAACACACUAUGCUAUCACAUCCAAUUGAACAUUAAAAUAUUUUUUCAAGUUGUGGAGGCGUGGAUAGGUCUGUAUAAACAGAAACACAAGUGAUUUAACCCCUAAAUGGCAGAGAAUUGAGCAGGGGCACUAUCUAUUCCUAGGGAAGGCAACCUUUGGCACUCCAGGUGUUGUGGACUACAUCACCCCUCAUGCUUUCCCAGCGUUAUGGCUUUAAGAGCAAUAUGGAAGCCGUAGUCCACAACAUCGAAAGUGACAAAGGUUGUUUACCCAUGAUCUUUUCAAUACACUAAAAGUGCUUUGUUAAGCUAUAGUUGUUUUGGUGCUUAGAGUAUCUCUUUAAUGCAAAGGUAGCUGGUACCAACUGCUGAACACCUAGAGGCCAGGUACCAUUUGUAUAUCUAGCCUUGAAUAUCUGUAUUAGUAAAUGCAGCGGAGGUUGUCAGAUCCACCAAGUUGUCUUGUCAUGUAGUCGCAUAUUGCUUACUAAGGGCAGUACAUGAAGAGGGCUGCCCUGCAGCUUGUUGCUCCAGAUGUACAAGCAGGAGAUCACUUUUUUAAAGGACCAUUCUAGGCACUCUAAUUAUCUGUUAUCAUUGAAUAGUUAGUGCAAAGAGAACCCAGGUCCCAGGAUCCCUGCACCCUAGAUCAGUGACCAAAUUGUCCACAAUACAUGUACAUUGUGAGAAUCUAUUGAAAAUAAACCAGAUAUGAUUCAUUAGCCAUGGGAUAGCACAGGACAGCAGUUAUCAAAUUUCUAGCAGCCCAUUUUGCUUAGGAAGGCAUAUGUGAUGAACUAAUUAGUUUGCUGUGUGGGAGAGAUUUGGACAUCUAACCUCCCUGUUUAAAACCAGGGGUCUGGGUCAGUCUCAGCUUGCACUAUAUCACUGAGAACCUGCCAAUCACAUUUAGAUUUGUAUCCACUUAAAACAGAGUAUGCAGUAUUGCUGUUACAGAUGUAAUUGAAGGCUCCAUCCCCUUUGAUGUCAUUUGUAUUCUGGCCUAGAAAAUGGUUUUCAGUGAUUUUGGUUCAGUAAUGGAUUCAUGCACUCACAUUACCUGUACAGUCAUAAGAAGCCCAUGAGACUGAUAUCCUCCCAGAACUAGGCAAUGCAAGGACUCCAUGGCAUUGGUAGGAAGCCUGUAGCUAAGUGACCUGCCAUUGUUUCUGUGGGAAAUGCUCCCUAUAACAUAAAACGAUUGGACUGCAAAUCAGAUCGUGAUCCAUGAAUCCAAGAAAGAUUGAAAAUAUGACUGCCCCUUUAAAAAAAAAAAAAAAGAUGAACCUUUGCUCCUCGUGUCCUUCAGUGUGGGUGGGAAGUUUCAUUAGCUUCACCCAAAGAAAAGUCUCAAAAAAUGCUUCCCAAACAUACAGCCAUCCAUUCAUAACAAUCUAGCUGUAAUCAGUAUCCCCAUUGGACCAGAAAGCCUAAAAUUGAAAACCGUUGGGGGUCCAUGAGGACUAGCUCAGAAAACAUUGCUAGGUAACUGCCUAGUGCCCUUCAUUGGAUAUUGAGCCUGGGACGCAUCAGGCUGCAGUAAAGUUUAUAUUUCCUUGUUCCCACGAGGCAACAUAAUUAUGUGAAUGCCUAUACACUGAUCAGUCACAACAUUAAAACCAUCUGACUAAUAUCACGUUGGUCCCCUUUGUGCUGCCAAAACAGAUGUUGCGACAUGAACUCUACAAGAACUCUGAACAUAUGCUAUGUUAUUGGGCAACGAGAAAUUAGCAGCAAAUCCUUUAAAGGACCACUCUAGGCACCCAGACCACUUCAGCUUAAUGAAGUGGUCUGGGUGCCAGGUCCAGCUAGGGUUAACCCAUUUUUUCAUAAACAUAGCAGUUUCAGAGAAACUGCUAUGUUUAUGAAUGGGUUAAGCCUUCCCCCAUUCCUUCAGUGGCUGUCUCAUUGACAGCCACUAGAGGCGCUUGCGUGCUUCUCACUGUGAGUUUCACAGUGAGAGCACGCCAGCGUCCAUAGGAAAGCAUUAUGAAUGCUUUCCUAUGCGACCGGCUGAAUGCGCGUGCAGCUCUUGCCGCGCGUGCGCAUUCAGCCGACGGGGAGGAGAAGAGGAGGAUCGGAGGAGGAGAGCUAUGAAGCGGUGCAAGUGGUCUGCAACAAUCUCUAGGUUGUUGGUACGUGUCUAAGUCAUUUCCACAUGAAUGCCAGGACCCAAGGUUUGCCAGCAGAACAUUGCCCAGAGCAUAACUGUGCCUCUGCCAGCCUUCCUCUUCCCAUAGUUCAUCCUGCUGCCAUCUUUUCCCCAGGUAAACAACGCACACCCAUCUGACCAUCCACAUGAUCUAAAUGAAAAUAUGAUUAAUCUGACCUGGAAACCUUCUUCCUUUGAUCCAUGGUUCAGUUGACACUCAUGUCCACAUUGAAGGCGCUUACGGUGGUGGACAGAGGUCAUCAUGGCACUUUGACCGGUCUGCAGCUAUAUGGCCCCAUACGCAAACUGCGUUGCACUGUGUGUUCUGACAACUUUCUAUCAUGGCCAGUUUUUCAGCAAUCUGAGCUACAGUAGCUCUUCUGUGUGAUCGAACCAACUAGCCUUCACUCACCGUUUGUACAUCAAUAAGCCUUGGGUGCCCAUGACCUUGAUGCUGGUUCACUGAUUGCCCUUCCUUGCACCCCUUUUGUUAGGUACUAUUUGAUACCUACCGGGAACACCCCACAAGACUUGCCGUUUUGGAGAUGCUCUGACCCAGUCGUCUAGCCUUCACUAUUUGGUCCUUCUCAAAGUCACUCAGAUCUUUUUGCUUGACCAUUUUUCCUGCUUCCAAUACAUGAAAUUCAAGAACUGACUGUUCUCUAGCUGCCUAAUAUAUCCCUCCCCCCUGUUGACAGGUGCCAUUGUAACAAUAUAAUCAAUGUUAUUCACUUUACCUGUCAGUGGUUUUAAUAUUGUGACUGAUCAUUGUAUGUUUCUGUGAAGGUCACCCCUUUUUAGAAAAUCACUAGCUAUAAGUGGAUACAUUGAAUAUCUGUAGCUGGAAACAGUCCAUGUCAGUUAUCAUUAGAGCUGGGAAAAUAAUUAAAUAAAUGGAGAGGAUCAAAUAUUUAGCGAUGACUGUAAGUGAUUAUUAUUAUAAAUUAAUAAUAGGACCAGGACGCAGGGCUUUCGCUAUGAAUCUAGCUGUCGGCUGUAUCUAGUUUUCAAUAAGUGUAAAAUCAGCUGUGGACUCGGGUAAGUAGAUACAUGUCCUUCGUCAAGGUGUCUGUCCAUUUUAAUCUCCAUAUCCAUUUCAAUGUCAGAGUAAGCAGUAUUUUAACAUUCUCAUCUUCUCUCCUUCAUGAAUAUUCAGCAAAACACAUGCCUUGUGGGAUGGUGAUUAUGUUUUUAAAAAUUGGAGGGUUGGUCGAUCUCCUAUAACUAGGGAGACCUGCUGAAUUGUUCCCCCAAAUCCAGUGAGCUGCAUGUAGUGGGUGAACAAUUGCCAGGCACCUAAUGGAUUCCUGUCUAAUGGGGUGGACCUGCCUAAUAAAAAAGCAUAUUAUUUGUCUGCCCUGAUAUGCUAUAUGUGAAAAGUAUAUAUAUAUAUAUAUAUCAUACAUAGGCUAUUAGAUAAAAAUCUUUAUGAAAUACUCACAUUGACUGUUUUGGAACUUCACUGAUCCAACCAGGUCCAACGAUAUCAUAAGACAUAGGAGGGACUACUUUGUCUUAUUAUUUUUCCUGUGCUUGACAAAGAGCUAGUGACGGCUGCGGGGAAAAAAGGCUCUGUCUCUAGUAGCAGGAUUCCUCCGUUGACCUCUGUAUUGCAGUAUACAACAUUGACAUCAGAUCCUGGCAGCUGAAGUAUUAGGAGCUGAUGAGGAUUGUCAGGAAGAAGAUGGAAGCUGUGAGGGACAGGUUCUAGUAAAUAAAAGACUUAUUUCAAUCAACCGGGGAAAAACACACAGAAAAAGUGAUUUUAUUACAAUAACUGACCUUUCCCUGCACCCCUUGGCCACCGCACUGCCAGUGGGCAGUCACCGUCAGGGGUCUUCGCAAAUUAUGCGAAGACCCCAGACAGUGACAGAGCCACAUUAAGGGAGCUUGUGGUAGAACAUGGUAACAUUUGCUACAGUAUUUAAAUAUAAAACAAUUGUAGCGUUAGAAUAAAUAGUCGCUAGCUGUUAUGCCUGAAAAUAUGCCACCUCAGACCUACUCAACAUAGUCUUAGUUCCAAGUUCAAUUUGAGCUAAUAUUAGGUUUAUUAUAAAAUUAUGGGAUGACAAUGAUAAAGUCUCUAUGCUUUCAAUUCAAUUACUAUUGCCUAAACGUUAAAAUUCACUUUGAAUUCUCUCUUUAGUGAAAAAUCCUGAAAAUUUCAGCAUGUAAUUUGUAUUGGCGUUUAUUUAAACUGAGAAUUUUGGAGAAAAUAGCCUAGGUAGAAGAAUAGAUUGUUGGGUGUUUCUUCAAACAGAGCUGUUUUGUCUGCCUGUCAUGUUAUUUUUGCUUUUUAUCUUCCAUUUUCACAGUUUUGUCUGUUUCAGCCUUUAUCUGUCUAGAUUGUAAGUGACAUUGAGAAAUGUGAGAAUGAAGUGUUACUUUUUGCUUUUACUGUUAAAAUAAAAUUAAAAGGUUAGCCUUUUUCAGCAAAACUGAUUUUGCUUGAGGUCGUGGUUAUGGUACCAGGAGUGCCCUGGAACCCUUCCAUUGUAAGGAAUCUUUCACUGAACAGAUUGACCUUGGGUCAGCUUGGUACUGCUCUCCUCCUGUACUACUAAUGCUGAAGAACCAAAGUUCGUAAGUGGGAACUCCUAUUAGCACAUUGGCCGAGAGCGUCCGCUAAUGAGCUAACAAAAUGUCUGUAAGCUCGUUUGCUGAGAAACUCCUGUCUAGUUGUGGAGGGAAGAAGCAAAAUCCGUUGGACCCCAGAUAAGAAGCCAAAUCAUUUAAAAACGUUUUAAUUCCUUACAAUGGUGGGAAGGGCACCAGGGUACUCCUUGGAGUGUUUCUUUAAAGUAAAACUAUAGUGCUAGAAGUACAAAAUUGUAUUCAUAGCUGAAAAGAGACUUUCCUAACAUUAUAGCCCCCCCCCCCAAUCUCUCGCGCACCCCCCUCCCGCUGUGCAGAACCCUUUUGUCACUUACCUGAAUCCGCCUCCACUCCUCCUCCCCCGACGUCAGGGACCAAUUGUGCAUGUGUUGCAAUAGCUCGAAUUAGGACUACCCCAUAGGAAAGCAUUUAAUUAAUCCUGUCCUAUGGGGUUUUAACUGAUGCUGGAUGUCCUCAUACACAUCAUGAGGACGUCCAGCAUCAGUUUGGUGGCCAAGAGUCGCCUAACGACCUAGAAGUCCCUUUAGUGACUGUCUAGUAGACAGCCACUAGAAGUGGAGUUAACCCUGGCAGGUAAUUAUUGCAGUUUAUCAAAAAUUGCAGUAAUUACAAUUGCAGGGUUAAACUGACAGGGGCACUGAACCUAGACUGCUUCAAUGUGCCUUUAGUGUCCCUUUAAGGCUAUAUGGCAAUCCAGAAGUCAUGUUAUGCAAUUUUAAAAACUAUGAGCCUUUAUUUUUAAAUCUUUCUAUCUUGCCACGUGGAUCUGCAGCUGUACAGCAGCUACUUCCCCAUCCACUACCCAUUUACCAUCGAACUUUCGCAUGGCUUUUAAGACAAUCAAGAAAUGCAUCAUAUGAUUUCUUCCUGUUCAGUUUUUUUUUUAGUCUACAAAGUUGUACAAAGUCUACAAAAUUACAUCUAAUUUUCAUUAUUAGUGACUCAACAGUGCAAACCAAGGUAGCGGAUAUAAUUGUGCCACUCUGAUAAAUGGUAAAUAGAAAUGUGCACAAUAACUGUUGUAACGGAGCUCCCUGUACUCCGACCGAGUACCCUCCGUUGAUGGAUGCUCCUAGCGCUUCCUGAGGACUCCAAACACUGCAGCCGACACCACAACCACCGCAGACUCCACAACCGCCGUAGCUUAACUGGAGUCUCGCUGUCUUCCUUCCACCCUGGAUCAGCUUCUGUCCUCCAGGACCGUGUGGGGAAGACCUCUCCUCCAGGAGAGCGUAACAGGAACAGCUCUUAAAAGAGCUAAGUGAUUAAAAGCUCAGGGGAGUAUGCAGAGCAUAGCAAUCCCCAGUGUGAUAUAGCAGUUCCCUCCAAUAACGAGACAAGGCUACGUAUUGAGGGUCAAGAAGAUCUGAUGUUUAAUGGCACACACUCUGCUUUUAUGAGAUUCUGCCCAUGCAAGGGAGACACCCACAUAAUUAGCAGUAUAACCAAUCGGAACAAUAUACAUUCGGGGAAAUUCCCAUCCCUCAGAUAAUCACAUAACAUAAUUAAAACAGAACAGUAAAAAUACAGUUUUUAUACAUGUACUAUAACUUCCAAACUACACAUCCAAUCUUCAUAAAAAUUACAUAUUUGGAAUCAAUCCAUUAAGGGGAGCAACAUAUUAAAAAAUGGCACAAAUCAGACAAGGGGUUCAAAAGUUAGCAAAAGUGUCUUUUGGGGCCUGGCUGGCAGCAUGGUUUUCUGGCCCAAACCGGUUUUACAGAGGCCUCUAUCCUGGACAAUGGGGAAAGUAAUCCAAUUAUCCAGGGAUAGAGGCAGACUCCAUUAACCACAUGUUAGCAAAAGACACAAAAAGACACAAAAAUACAUAACUCCUAUUGAACUGAACAGAACCCCCACAUUCAACCUAUCCCCAGAUGGCUUGGAUCUGAGCGCUCAAUAUAUCCAAACAGCGCUCAAAUACAGUCAAAUCGCCAUACACACUAGGUCCAUAGUCAUGGGGCAGAAGGCUGGCAAUUAGGCUUCUCCAUAACACAGGGAAGCACAGCAAUUUGUCAAAUAAAAUAACAGUUACAAAUGGCAGUUUGUAACAACUGUCACCUGCACAAAAUAGCAUGUUUAAAGAACACAUUCCUGUGUAUUUUUAAAGGGUUAUUCCAAGCACCAUGACCACUUUAUUGAUUUAAAGUGGUCAAGCUGCCUGAAGUCUGCAUGUGCAGCAUUUUGCUUUGAAAUGCACCUUAGAGAUUAACCCCUUAAAUCCACCUCUGGCUGCAUUAUCAGCCAGCCCAGAACAAAGUUCCGGGCUGGUCAUUGUGAAUUCUGUGCAAAAUUGGUGCCUGACACCAGCACGCACAGUGUGUGCACGCUGUCUCCCUCCAGUCCUUUCUCUGACCUCCCUUACCUUCCGGCGAGGGAGAGUGGCAUCAGCCUAGGAGGACCAGACUGAGGGAGAGCUUGGACUCAGCAGUGAAAUGCAGGUGAGUUUUACUUCUUUAAAAAGAAAAACUAAACUUUGGGCCACCUCAGAAAGGGUUACUAUAAUUAAAAGCAGUUUUUUUUUUGGUUCAAAUGUGGUCAUUCUAUAUGCUAAAAUAAAUCUUUCCAAGUAUAUUUGUGCACUAAAUCCCUUACAGCCCUGACUUGACUCACAGAGUUAGAAUGGCAAUGCAUGCCCAAGUGCCCAAACAUUAGGUCUUAACUUGUUCCACUUGCCAACGGUAGGCCAAGAACAUAUUUAUUUUCUAUCUCCCUGUAGUGCAUUUUACACAGGGCACUGAUAAUGAUCUCUGUGUUAGUGGCUGCCUUGGAAUUACCAACUUUAUCCCCCAGGAUUCAACAAUUCCCCUAUGGAGGACUCUUCUGCUGGCGUAGUAGCAUAACCAGAGGUAUUAUUGAUUCCAUUCACAGAAUACCUUGACAGACGCCCCAGUUUGUUCUGUACCUAGCCACUAUUUGAUACAGCUACAUCUCUAAGCCCUGUUCUUUCUAUUAGAGGAAGCGGUGUUCGUGUCUGUAGAAGCAUCCUGUGCGUUGCAGAACAGGAAGACGGGAGGGGGGGAUCCUUGUUGUGAGCAAUGAAUCUUCCCUUGAUAUAGCAGGAUUAUAGCGAGUCAGGCCAUGCAUGUAAGGAUGUUCUUUAAAAAAAAAAAAGAACGAUUGCAUCUGCCAGGAUGUAGAGAUUCUAAUUUCUAUGGUAUGUAGGCAUUUUAAGAACGCACGGCAGCAGUUUACCAGAUUCCACCGCAGCCCACUUCCCCCGCCAUUUCCGUAUGUGUAUAUUGCAGAGAAAAACUGAAACAAAAUUAGAAUGGGUUUAACCCCUUGCAGAAAAAUCACAUUAUUACAAUAUAAGAUGCUUGGGAUGUGUUUGGUGUUAAGUGGUUAAAACAGCAUCUGCAACGAUUCUCUGGCAUCGCCCACAUGUACGAGGAAAUUAGUCUUAUUGUACAUGAAUUUCACGUGAGAACACACUAUCUCACUAUUGCAUGUAGUUCGUCUGUGGUUUAUGCAACUAGGGCAGAAGUUGCUGGAUGCAAAUAUUAAAGGGACACGAGCAAUUCAAAUAUUGCACAAUCACACAGACUAAAUGAAUGAUCGAGUCGACUUGAGAAAAUGUUUGUGACAUUCUAGUUAACAAAGAAUCUUGAGAAUAUAUAUAAUUUUUUUAAGAAUCGUAAACAUUUUUAAAUUGCAACACAAAAAAUAUUGAACAUGAUCUAUAACCUGUGUUAACCUUUAUUUCAUGUGAUGCUUCUUUUUCAUUUAAUUGUUCAAUCCUGGCAUGGACAGGACAUGGCACUCAUUGUGCUGGAGGAACAGAAUUUUAUUAUUUUAUUUUUUUUAUUUUUUUUUAAUUCUUUAUUUUUGGUGCAAAAGAUUUUACAUGCAGGCCCGUGUAGCCACGACAGCAGACACAGGCAGGUUCAUACAGACAUGUUCGUGGUUUUUUACAUUUGCACAUUUUUGUUAAGAAAUGAAUAUAACAGGCUAGGAAACAUUGUAUAUAUGAAAUACCAUGUUAAAGUAUUUAGGCAUAUUAAUAGUUAAACGUAAGAUUGAUAAUCCGCUUUGUCUAUUUGGAAUGAUUCUAAUAGGCUAAUACAAGUCGAGUGUUCGUUAAAGGUUAAACAGGCUUAUUGGUUAACUGUAAAAUUACAAGCUUUGUAACAUUAGGAGACGUAUUAAACAUUCUGCGCUAGACAUGCGUGUGAUAAAGUUAUUUAUAAAUGCUUGUCCGUUUGUCGCUUCAUAAGAGUGAUUAGGUCUAAUGUAGGUUCUGACCUGGCUUGGGCUGCCCCCUUAAUUUAGGCUAGGUGCUUAUCAGGGCUCAGCUUAAGACCUAAGGUCGAUUAGGCAGGUGAGUAGGCUGAUGUUCACCUGUAUUAACAGCUUAUCUAAGAAGGGUUACAUAGGUAAGGUAAACAGUUGCCACCGGGCAGGUUAUGGCAUAUUAAGUGAUUAACCGCACUAAGUGGCAGUAGUAGAUGUGUCCAUUUGGAUGUGUUCACAACCAGGGUUUCUGUGAGUGGGGCUGUUAGCAGCAGGUCUAGCAGCUUUUGCCUUAAUUGCCGUCUGUCACAUGGCGCUGGGGUACCUGUCGCUUUAGAGUUGUGGAUGGUGUUGAGCAGUGUCCUUUUCUCUGGCACCCAGAUAUUCCUCAUAGAGCAUCUCUGCGUCCUCUGGAGCUGUGGGUCCCUCUGUGGGUUUAAGUGUCUGCGGACCUCCUCGGCUGUGUACCCAGCUGGUGUGUGAGUGCGGGUAGGUUGUUUUAUGGGCGCAGUACCCAGGUGUAUCUAACGCUGUGAUGAGCUGGUCGCUUGGGGUCUCGAGAUCUCCAGUGGAGCACGCUCAGUGCAGGUAAGCGUAGGGUCCUCUGCUGGCGUGUUAGUAUGCUUGUGGGGUGACUGUUCAGGAGAAUGGCAGGUCUCCGCUGUCGCCCCGUCAUGACUGCUGGUAAAUGUCAUGGGUGAUCAUUGCCCUGGCUGAGUGGUGUGGGAGCUUCCCUCAGCGGUUUGCCGAAUAGGUGCCUUGCUGUCGGCCAUUUUGUGGGGGCCGCGUGGUGGCUGUCGGCGGCUAGUUGCCCAGAAGCACUGCCGCGGUGGUGUCUGCCCGGUGGGGGCCGGGAUAACCCCCGCCGGCCCAAAGGGGGGGGUAAGCGAGGCCGGGGGCCCCAGAUUUGUCAUGGGUCUCUGUAUUUGCCGGGGAUGGAAGGUGAGGCGGCGGCCGUCCACCCCGCUCCCUUCCCGGGUAGGCCUCAGUCUCCCCAGCCCCGGAGCGUCUCACCGGGACCCGGUCCACCUGAUAUCAGGUGCUCCAGCUACACCGGGACACUCCAGGGUCAGGUAUCACGCACUUCCAGGGGGUUCCAUGCUGAUUUUGAUGGGUUUUUUACCCAUUAUUCGUCGAGUUUCCCCGGAGCCAUGUUGACUUGCAGCCUGCUGGCAUGGCCGCCCGGCCCCGCCCCCAGAAUUUUUUUUUUAAUUAUGAAAUUGGGGAGAGGCAAGAUGGAGGCAGGUACUUACAGGAAGGAGGUAUAUAUUGAGAUGUGGAUUUCUACAUUUAAUUUUGUUUUACAGACUUCACAAACAUAUUUGUCAAAUCCAGGGGAAGAAUAAGCAUUAUCUAUAUAUAUAUAUAUAUAUAUAUAUAUAUAUAUAUAUAUAUAUAUAUAUAUAUUAAAAAACACAACUUAAGAAGUGUCAAUUCCACUUUUAAACACCAUAAAGGGAGUCACUCCCAAAUAUUUCCAAUAUUUAAUUUCUCUGGUAAAUAAUCCAUUAUACGAUACUUAUAUGGCUACUCCAGAAAUUAAGGGAUAUUUUUAGUUACCUGGGAUGGGAGGGCUACGGCUAUGUGUCUGUGACUGUACAAAGACCACAUUCUAAGUUGCAUGAUGCAAUCAAUGGUUAUGUUUUUCAUUUAAAUCUCUGCAUAGCUUGUACAUAUUCCAUUAAUGCUCUGUUUAUUUUCCUUAAUGAAAUGUUAAUAUAUAUAUUGGAAACAAUGAUCGCCACUUGUCAAAUGUGCACACUUCUUAAAGGGUUACUCCAAGCCUUUUUUACUGUAUAUUUUCCUCUUUAUAAUGCCCUAUUGGGAAAACAACCCUAAAAUCAGUAAUAAAACUAAGCUAAAUCUUACCUAGAAACGGGUAAGGCUCCCGGCGCCGCUCUGCACUCCCCUCUUUGACGUCAUGGCAGCCAUCACGAGGUCCAAUCUAAGGUUUCCUGUAGAAAAGCCUUUCUAUUGCUUAAUGUAUUUGUUCUGGUGAGUAUAAUCAUUCCCUUCAGGCUUUUUGAUGUAAGCACGGUCUUUUCAGAGAAAACUGAGUGUUUACAUUACAGCCUAGGGACAACCCCACUGGCCAUUUCUCAGAUGGCUACUAGAGGUGCUUUCUAGGGCAGUUCGGCACACUGUGCAGCACUGAUAUUCAGUGUCUCCACCCUCUGCAUGGAGACACUGAACUUUCCUCAUAGAGAUGCAUUGAUUCAGUUUAUCUCUAUGAGGAGAUGCUGAUUGGCCAGGGCUGUGUUUGACUUGUGCUGGCUCUGCCCUGACCUGCCUCCUUGACAUUCUCAGUGAAUCCAAUGCUUUCCUAUGGGAAAGGAUUGUGAUUGGCUGAGAUCACCACUUUUGAUAAUGUCAGCCACGGAGGCAGAUCAGCGGCAGAGCCAGCAGCAGCAGACUCUAAAUAUAGUAAAAUCUUAGCUAUAUUCCAUAGACAAGGUGUGCAAGGGGGCUGGAUGGUGUUUUUAACACUAUAGGGUCAGAAAUACAUGUUUGUGUUACUGACCCUAUAGUGUUCCUUUAACUGGCUCAAAGUGCAUGCUUUAGAGAGAGGGGAGGGGGGAAUAAAUUAAAUACAAACGUCUGUUUGCAUGGUGAGCGCUGACGGAUGGACAUAUUUUUGCACAAAAUUGACAUUUAGCAAUCCAGAACAGAUUUCAUUUGACCUUCCAAAGUGCGGCAAGUGCAAUUAGACUGACUGACAGAAACGCUUUACAUACAGACUCCUAUCAGUAUGACCACUUCUAAAAGCAGAUGUGGUCAUGGUGGUUGGACUAAUCCUUUGAGUUUGGGAGUCAUUGGAAGUGGGACACCAGAGCAAAACCCAGGAGCGCACCACUGAGUUUCCAAUGAGGACAGUCUUAAAAUUGUUCCUUAAAUUUAAAUGGUACAUAGAAGGACUUGAUCUUUGAUUAUUCCCUCUAAUCUUUACAGAUCCAGCUGGGAGCUACCAGAUCUUGAACAAGGUAAAAUCCCAGCCAUCAGCGACUCUGAUGGAGUGAAUUACCCCUGGUACGGCAACACCACCGAGACCUGCACUGUCACUGGGCCCACCAAAUGUGAUACUAAGUUCCUUGUAAGCAUGAAUGACAACUUCUACCCAAGCGUGACAUGGGCUGUUCCUGUCAAUGAGGGAAAUGCACCCAGGCUAACAGGGAUCUACAGAGACCAAAGUUUUACUACUUGGCUGGUGGCUAUCAACAUGGCCAGUGGUGAACAUAUUAUUCUGCAAACCAUCAAGUGGAGGAUGAAAUUGGAAAUAACAGUAAACCCCAGCUUACCCCUGGGACAGCGAGCUAAACUAAAAGAACCUUUCACCCAAGAGCAGCCCCAAGUGCUUUCCAAGAAUGAACCCAUACCACCGAGUGCACUAGUAAAACCCAAUGCCAAUGAUGCCCAGGUGCUGAUGUGGAGGCCAAACAAUAGACAGGCAGUUGUGGUCAUAGCCCCGAGACAUCAGAGGAUCAAAGCAGACAAAACUCACUAG